CGCUGAUUGGCGGCGGCGGUAAUGUAUCAGUCGUUGUCGUCCGUCAGAUAUUGUUGUCAAGUGUUAUUGUUUUGCCCUGACGGCGAUGUCGACUUUCCCGUAGGGAUUUUUAAUACAAUAAUAUAUAUAUGCACAUAUUAUAUACCUGUAAGUGUGUGUGUAUAUAUUUUAUAAAUAUGUGCAUCUUUUAGUCGCAAGUCGUUGUUAAACGUUCUAGUCCGGUCGGUCGAAUUUUAUUUAUAUCAGAUUUUUUUUAACAACCGUUUUUCUCUUGAGAGUGUCCUCGUAUUAAUAUAAGGUACUUCUAUAGAGUAAUUUUUUAUAAAUUUUAUUUAAAGUGUCUUUUUAAGUGGCAGUGUAAAUUACGUGUUUAUAUUUUUAAUCUUCUGACUUCAAGAAACCUGCUGAAAAUGAACGUUAAACCUUUGGACGAGUAAAUUUGCCAACACUUCUAUAGCUAGGUACACUAUUUGUUUAAAAACUUAUUAUGGGUAGUCAAUAUUGUUUGUUUAUCUUAUUUGUAUCCUUGUAUUGAAUAUAUUGGUAUAUAUAUUGGUCUGUUUACACAUUUGUUAAUAUAUAAUUGAUUAUUGUAUUCAUUGUUUUUUCUUUUUAUUUAACUAUCUACUAUCACUAUGAUUUAAUUUUUCAAUUUGAAUAACAAGUCACAAUUCAUAACUUUUAAAUUGGAUUAAGUAUUUGUAUAUUUGUUGAUUUUAUUCACAUAAUUAUGUACCUAUGCACAGGUGUGAAAAUGUCAUUUAUGGUCAAGAAGAAAAGAUACAAGUUCACGGUAAAUCUUUGUCUGGAAGAUUUAACAGCCGUUCCAUUUGUUAAUGCCGUGUUGUUUGCUAAAGUCCGUCUACUAGACGGAGGAAAUUUCAGCGAUAUUUCGUCCAGGUAAUUAUAUUUUGAACUUAUUUUUAAUCUUUUCUGAUGUAGUCAUAUCACUAUUUAUGUUUUUAGUUUUGAUAAAUAAUAUAUCACUGAUAAUAAUAGGUUACAAUAAUUUGGCAAUUUUAAUGUGUUAAGAAAACAAGUUUAUUGUUUUAAAGUCUUCAAUACAAACUUAUUUAGAGUAUCUACCUACAUAUUAUAUACAAAUUAGUAUAAUAAAGUGUUAUAUAUUUUUUUGCAAUAAUAAAUCUAUUGACAUUGUUGCUUUGUGCUAAUUUAUUGUGUUAAAAAUGUAAGCACAUUUAAUUAAUACAAUUACCCUACCAAAUUUUAACACAUGUUUUGGCUAGGGUGAAUUACUAUGAAAAGAAUAGGUAUAUUAUUAUUUUGUCUUGAAUAAUUUAUAUUUGUCAUCUUAUUUUAUAAUUUUAAAAAAUCUACAGAUAACCUCUAUUGUUGAUUAAGUUAGUUAAAACCAAAGUUGAAUAAUAUUAUCACAAUAAAGUGUUAUGCUUAAUAUACUUCAGUAUUAUGCAAUAUAAAUAUACUUAUCAACCAAACAAAAUUAUUAAUUUGUUUUUAUUUGAAAUUGCUUAAGAUGUUUUAAUUAUUAUUAAUAUUAUUGGUAUAUUAAUUUAGAAGAUGCUUACAAAUAAAUAGUCAACAUUUUUUGAAAAAAAUACAUAUUUCCUUAGUUGUGUUAAAUUGACCUCCUCGGUAAUGAAACAGAUAAUACAGGUAUUAUAUUUAAGUACUACUUAGAGAUUAAUCCAUUAGUCCUGUUUGUAAUUUUAAAUCUUGUUUGAACGAAUUAUUUUUCAUCAAAUUGAUCUUAACUUUUGAUAAAAUAUAACAGUAUAACUUUCUACCUAGUUAAAUGUAAUUUAAAAUAAAUAAAUAAAUGAAAUAAUUUUGAAAAAAUGUAUGAUAGAAUUUUGUUUAUAUUUGUAUUGAACAUAAUAUAUAUUCUCCUAUAUUAAUCUUUUAUAUUUUCUUUAAUAAAGUACAAAUUUAAUGAGAAACCUAGCUUUUUUUGUUUUAGUGGAUUUUAACUUUUUUAUGUGAAAGUAUUUGAUGAGUUUCUUGUGCAUCCUAUAAUGUUAAUAUGUUAGGUAAUAUUAGUUACCUAUAUUAAUAGUCAUAUACCUAAAAUUAAUUUAUGUAAGUUACUCCAUUUCAAAAAAUAUCCAGUGCCUAUUAGUGACAUAGUAUUACCUCAUAUGCUCUUUAAAUACAAAACAUAUCUGACUGGAUUGUCAUAUUAAUGCAGAUGACGAUUGAAUAGUAAACGUUGUUGCCAUCUCAUAAUGAAUAAAUCUGUAUAGAACGACAUAUUAUGUAAUAUUAUCUUCCAAAAUUUACAUUUUCAUAGUUAUAUUUAGUAUUAAUAUUUUACAAUUUGAAUUGAAUUUGUACAUUUUUUAUGUGGACUUUUUUAUAAUAUCAUUAUAUAUGGAACCCAUAUAAAUGUUUAAAAUUGUUAUCUCUUAUUAUUGUUAAAACGAGUAAAACUAUUUUCGCUUCCAUUAUAUUGGAGUGAGAUUUACUGUUUGUUUAAUUUAAUAUUUAAUAAUACUAUAUUAAAAAGUAAAAAUACAUUUUACUAAAAAAAUGAAUUUGAUUGUUGAACAUGAUAAUUAAAAUAUGAAUGUAAAUAGUUGUUUCAAAAUAUUUUUAUUGCAGCAUUUCUUCUACAGAGUGUAACUAGACUAUUUGACAUUUUUACAUAUAACUAUAGCUAACUAUAACUACAAUGUAAAAAUGUCAAAUAGCCCUGUUACACUCUGUAUAUAAGAAAAAAAAAAUGAUUUUGAUGUUUAGGUAACUCAUCACGAGUAUUAUUUUACUGUUAUUUUGGUUAAUGCAGUUUAAUAAUUUUACAUUUUAGAUGUUAAAUUUUAAAAAAAUUGUAUAUCUAAAACUAAUUUAUUUACUUCAUGCUUUUAAACUAUUUUUAAUGCUUUCAAAUAAAAAAAUAUUAUCUUUGGUAAAAAUAUGAUUAGCUUAUUGGCUAUUACAAAUAAAUUAUGGUUCGUUUGCAUAUUUAAUAUUACAAAUUUGGAAACCAAAAGAUUUAUCGAUUAUUAAUCAUCAAAUUGUAUAGUUGCUUACAUUCAAUACAUCAUUUGUAUAUAAUAUUUUAAUAAUAAAUUGUUAUCAGAUGACGAAGAAAUAUUUCAAAAAUUGUUUAGUGGUUGAUUUAAAAUCUUUUAUAAAACAUGUAUAUUUUAUACAUUGUAGAUCAUAUUAGAUACACAUAAAAUAACUAUUAUUGUUAUACAUUAUUUCUUAUUUUUAAAUUUUGGUACCCACCUCUAAUUAAAUUUUAUUUUAUAAAAUAUUUUAGGUACUCGAUUAAAAUGUUAACAAAAGUCAAUUUAUUUGACGCAUACAUGACGAAUAAUGUAUAUAGUGAUUAAUAUGGUACAUAAACUUUUUGUAACAACUGAGAUAAUACAAAACUUCAUUAUAAAAAAACUAUAACAAUUUAUAUUUAAAUUUCAAACUAAUGAACAUGUGUAUAUUUUUUUAAAUGAUUUUCCAGCUAUUAUGUAAUUAUGAAUAUUAUUAUUAUAUUAUGUGAUUACAUACAUAUUGUAUGUUUCAGACUUUUAUUAGUACCUAGUCUAAAAACCAAAUAAUUUAUUAGUAUUAUUACACUACAAUUAUUCAUCUGCAAAUUAAUUAUCUCAUUUGAAUCUGAACCACAAUCUGAAUAACAUUUCAUUAUCUUAAGAUUUAUAUUUUUAUUAUAUUUAUCAUAAAUAAUUUGUUGUAUUACAAUAUCAAUUAGGUAUUCCAUUUUAUACCUGUGAUAAUAGUUAAUAAAUAAAAUGAUAAUUUUUAUUUUUAUUUGAAGCAUUAUAAAUUUAACCAAAACUAUCUGAUAUUUAGAACUGCUUUGUACAUUUACUAAAAUAAAAUUUGUAAAUAGAAAUGUAAUGUUAAGUGGUAUUUUUUGAAUUUGGUUAAUAUUACCUAAAAUGCGAUAAAACUAAAUUUUAUAUCAAUAAUUAUUUAGUGAUAAAUAAUUAUAUUUGUAUUGUUAAGUGUAUUAGUUUUCAAAUUAAAUACUUCAGUAUUGCCUAUUUUGUCUUUUGCCAUUUUAUUAUAUACUUAUUUGUUUUUCUUUAACUAACUUUGAAGUAGGUACUUAUUUAGUUUUCAAAGAAAUAUUAAUAUUUUUUUUUAUACAUGUGCAAUGUGUAUAUAUAACAUACCUAAUAUAAAACAUUAAAAAUAACUAUAAGUUUUUGUUUGGUUGGUAGUACUUUGUUUGAAUGCCAAGUAUUGAUUUUUAACUUGUUUAAUAUUGAAAAUUACUUGGUCAUAAAUAAAACUUAAAAAUAAGUACUUAUUAUUUCUAAUGAAUUUGUCUGGAUAAAAAAUAAAUGAUACAUAUUGGUAUUUGUAUAAAACAUAUUAAGUUUUAAAUCAACAAUAAUACAAAUUUUGUUCAUACACAAAAUUGAUUUUUGAAUAUUAUUUAAAAUAUUAAUAAACGCCAAAAUAAUAAUUUAAUAUGAUAUUAAUUUAGUUUAAUUGCUGCAAAAUGAAAAUUAUAAGUGUAAAAAUACAUCAGUUGGUAAUUAAUUUCCUUUAAUUACAAACAUUUAAGUAGUUUCUAUUUUAUAUUUCAUUAAGUUAGUAAUUUGAAUGUAGGUGGGUAUCUAAUAUUAUUUGCUGUUUGUAGCUUUCUCAGGUUAGAUUUAUAUUUCAACAGUAAUAUAAUAUUAUAAUUUUCCAUUUUCCAUAUGUACAAUAUAAUAAUGAUAAUAAUCCAUAUCUUUUUAAUUAAUACGAACACACAGAAUAAUCAUUAGUUCCGAGAAAUUAGUUAGAUGCUACGUAAAUUGUCCAAAUACAGAAUGUAUGACAAAUGUUUUUGAACUUAAUCGAGCUCCAUUUGUGUUCGUGGCUCUGGAUAUAAUUUCAAAAGUGCGUUUAAUUAAGUCGUUAAGCAGAAAACAAUCAUUUAUAUUACGCACGAGUUAUAUAAAGGGUGUACAGUCUAAGUACCACGAGACAAUGAAUUAGUCUGUCUAUUUAUUAAAAAAAAAAAAAAAUUAUAUUUUUAAUUAUACUAUUAACUAUUUACUUUUGUAACUUGAUUUUAUUCUCCUUUAAUAAUUAUUGUCUUGUGUAUUUUAUGUAAACACAAUGUAUAUGGUUUAAUAAUUAAAAUAAUUUUUGAUUAACUGCAAGCGGUUAAUGUGUCGUUUCAAAUGAAAAUGAAGAACGGGGACCUGUCAAAAAUAUUUAAACUGUGAAAUAUUACACCUAACAAAUAACACUAUAAUAACUAUAAAAUAUAAAAUAGUAACCUAUAGGUAUACUUCUGUCUUGUACAUUGCAUAUCUUCUACAUCAUACUGAGUAUGAUUUUUAGAUUCUGAAUAUAGCGAAGAAUGUAUUGGUUUUACAAAGAUGUUUAUUUUAUUUUUAUUUUUUUAUAUUGUGUACAACAAUUUUACCAGAAAUCUUGCUCCAAUGUACACACUUUUCUGAAAGGAAAUUUUCUUGAGGUGGCAGUUUUCCCAAUAAAGUUGAUAAAGUGGGAAAAAACGUUUAUUUUUAUUAUCCUAUAGGUCCCGAGUUCGAACAAAAUGUUUUGCAUUUUUUUUUCUUAUUACUUAAAUAAGGAAAGAGAAGUACAUUUUGGAUUUACCAAGCCAUCGGUCCCUGGGAUUAUUUUAAUCGUAAAAUACCCCUUGAUUUGUCGUGCAAACUUUUCUAUCAGAAAUCUUGCUCUGAUGUAUCAAGUGUAGCUUAUUUUCUGAAAGGAAAUUUUAUUUCCAUGGUAAUUUAGGGAGGUCAUUUUUUGAUUUUUCAAGCGGUUUUCAUAAUAUCUGGGAAAAACCCGGAUGAAAUGCCGAAAAAACGGAAAAUGUACGAAAUGUAGGUAUUAGUAAAAAAAAAUUAUGGUCCUUUUUUGUGUAUCACUUUUCUACCAGCAAUUUUGCUCCGAUUUAAAAUUAUAGCACUUUUUCUGAAAGGAAAUCUGACUGGAAAGGUACGUUAAGGCAGCCAUUUUCCAAUUUUUCCAAGAGUUUUUCAGUAAUUGUGAAAAACCGUGAAGAAACAUGUGAAAAACGGGAAAAAUCGGAACACUAUUAAACAAAUAUAUAUUAAAGAAAAUAUAUAAUGACUUUUUAAUUAUUUAAUCAUAAUAAGCCAUGUAUAUUGUUGACAAAGUAUUACUAUCAACUGAACUGCGUUUAGAAUCGUUUUUUCGUUAGCAAUGGUUUAUCGUUGCUUAUAGAUUACCUAAAUUAAAUUACCUAUAACAGUAUGCACUCGUCUACAUUAUCUUAGGAUGAAUUUUUAAGAAGAAAACCCAUACCUAUUAUAAUCUCUGAAAGAGUUAUCAUGUAUUGUCAUUUUGUACUUGGGAAUUUUAAGACACCUACUACGCGCACGUCUCAAAUUUGACAUUAAGUACCAAUCCUUAUUAGGCAGAUUUAGUGUAGGCGAAACUUCUACCAACUUUUAAUAUGUUAAACGCAGAUAAAUUAACUUAAAUAUUUAUGGAAAUUCCACGAAUCGAGGAAUUUUUAAGGGGGGGAUUUUCAAAAACAUGUCGGUCGACGAGAAGUAAAAUUAUAAAGUAGUUUGCGAUGAGAUCUAUAGGCGUAUGUGCUGGGAACGGAAGCGUUCCGUUUCUAUUUAGUGUUCACUCUGCAGUAUAUCAUUAUCGUAUAAUCUAGUUUGUAUAAUGUGGUAAAUAGGUACCUAUUUAUUAUUAUCGAGCAGCGACACGAUGUAUCGUGUUGAUAUAUUUUUAUUCGCACCGAUGAAUAUUAUACAGGAUUUAUCUGUCAAUGCGAUCCGAAAAAGAAGAAAAUAAACAACAGACACAAUAUUAUUAUUAUUAUUAUUAACAUAAUACAUAUAUGCGAUUGUGACGUUCAAUUAUUUUCAGAUUAUUGAUUUGAAAUUUGUUUUGCGCGUAAAAACGCGCGAACACGGUGAUGCUGCGAUCUGAAUAAGUAAUACAUUAUUUUACAGCCGUCAUGACAACCAUGAAUAAUCCACGACCGCCGUAUAUUAUUAUUGUAUACACAUAUUCGGCGGAGCAAUGGCGAAACGGUGAACACACAUCGUGUUUAACGCGUGUAGUAUAAUGUUAAUACGCGUGCGAUAUCGCAUUUAGUUGCUAUAAUAUCGUUAUAACGUCGUUAUUGUCGUAACCUAACCUCUAACAUAAAUCUUGAGAUCGCGUCUAUAUUCGAGGAGCAUCUCAAGUUUCAAUUUUACCGCAGAUCCCGAGUGGAGCGAAACAUUAAUGUGUAACGCGGUGUUGAAAAUAUUUGUUUUUUAGUUUCUGUAUGGAGCGAGGAAUGUAUUGGUUUUACUAUGAUUUUUAUACAUUUUUUUUAUUUUAUCUGCGGAUUACUUUUCUACCAACAAUUUUGCUCCUAUUUACAAUGAUAGCAAUUGAAAGGAAAUCUGACUGGAGUGGUACUUUGGGGUGGUCAUUUUUUGAUUUUCCCAGGAGUUUUCCCAAUAAAUGGGGUAAACGUAAUACUAUUAACCGAACUUAGCUCUGUAUCGUUUUUCGUUAGCAAUGGUUAAUCGUCGCGUAUAUAACUAGUGUAUUCUCACCUAUAACAGUGGUUGUAUCCGUUCCCAUUAUCUUAGGAUAGGUUUUUUUUUGUUUUCUGUCUGUUAACAACUUUUCUACCUGCAGAAAUUUUCAAGUGUAUAUAGAUCAUUCCGUCAUCAAGGUAAAUCCUCCAUUCAGAAUCGUUUUUUUUUUAACCUCAAUGGUUUAUCAUUGAUUUCAGUAUUUAUUAUCCUAUGCGUGGGUAUAGGUAUAUCUUGUGUUAAACCUUUCAAAUUUCGCAACUACAAUAAUGGGUUUAUACCCAUCACGGCAGUGUGAAGUAUGCCCGGCAGGGUUUCCUCGGUUACGCGCCUACGAGAGGAGAAAAACCCCUCUGUGAUUAAUCUGUUUAUAAUAUUAUUUUAAACCGGUAACCGUACAGUUAAACGAGCUCCGCUCAGAAAUCCAUUCGUGUGCUUACAAAAUCGAAAAAUACAGUAAUUGUAAAUUCACGUACAAUAGUGCAGGUGGCCUAUCCAUGAUGCUUCCCGGUAGGUGUUUUUUUUAUUUUUUUUUUAGUGAAUUUUAUGUACAUGUAUAAUAUUAUUAGUAUAUCGGCGUCGGUGGCAACACCCCGGUUUGUGUAUUUAUAUUUGCGUGUCAACCGACAGUAUAAUAUUAUAUAGUUUUUCGCGUACAUAAUUAGCUGCUGGGUUGAAGUUUUUUAAACUGCACGUAAACUGGGAUUAAUGGCGUUUAAUUUUUGCAUAUCAUGUACGAUAACGAUAUAUUAUAAUAAUUUUAGGUAUGCAGGCCUGGAAUAACGUAUAGGUGACAUAAACUUGUGUCUAAUGUAGGGCGACUAAGUAACGGCAGGGGCUGUUUUUUUGAAAUUCAGUCAUAAAAAAUUGGAUUUUUAAAAAUUAAAUAUUUAAAUUAUUAAAAAUAAAUGUAAUAACAUAAUAUUUUAAUUAAAAAUGUAGUUAAAAUAAAAAUUUGAAAAAUCGUAGACGGUAUAAAAAAUGUAUAAUAUAUAUUAUUUGAAUGCUAAUAGACAAUAUAAAAAAAAUAAUUACAUCUAAAAUCCUAAAUUAUAUGAUUUUACUUUUAUAAACUUAAUUAUCCUGACUGUAGUUAUGAUUUUUAUUUGUUUGGCUUCGAAUGGUUUGCUCUACAGAAUUGUCACUUUCAUUCUGAAUUUUUAAAACUGUCUUAUAAAUUUGUAAAUUCCUGGUUGUUUGAAAACUAACUUGUGGAUUUUGCUCGUGUUAUUUUAGUAUUUUGAACGUUUAUAUUUCGGACAGACGAGCUUUCGAACAUUUUAAUGUACAGAGGCGCAUUGAAAAACUAUUUUUUGUAUGAUAAAGAGGAGCAAAAAUAUAAAAGGUGUAACUAUCCUUGUUCACCUUCUAUAUUUCUUGAAACCCGUCUUUCACCCAUGAUAUGCAUGCAGAGGAGGAGCUCACCUUCCUAUCUUAGUUAUUUUUGUUUUACUCUUCUACCAGAACUCGAAUUGAAGAAUAUACUAAACCAUAACUAAUAGUUUUGUUUAAAAAUACUUAUAUAAUAUGUUUAUAUGAUUUGUGGACAAAAAUAAUAAACUUUCUUCUUUGUAAAAAUGUAAGUCGGAAUUGCGUUGUCGUUCAUUUUAAGCUCUGAUUUAAGCACAUCUUUGGGUAUACAAACAUAACUUAAAAGUAAAAACAAUAUGUAAUUACAUUUCUAUAAUGUUGCUAUAGAUUAUUACGUAUCAAAUUACGUUGUAAUUUAUGUAGUGAGUAGUCAUGCCACAGAAUUAUAUCAAUUACUACGGAUUUUUUAAAAUCAUAACAUUAUGUUAUGAAAUAGUAUUUAUUUGAAAUUUAAAUAUUAAAUGAUUUUAUUCACGAGGAAUAAACAAUAUUAUUGAAAAUUGUAUUAUAGCCCUCCUCUACAGUAGUGGAGGGUAUACGGCGGUGUACGCUUUAUUGGUUAUUACCUAUAAACACAAUUACCCUUGGUUACGGUCGUAUACUCUCUGUUAUAGUGAAAUCACACAAUAUAUUAUACAAUUAUACAUAGGUAUUAUUAUUUUCAUUUUUGAUUGAUUAUGAAAACACAGAAAAAAAAAUAUACAUAUCCGGACCAUGAGAUGACAAUGUAUUUUAGAUUGUAUGUUAAUAUAUUACAGUAUAUUCUCUGCUUUUUUUUAUGACUACAGCACUGGUUUAAUAUUUGGUUUUUUAUGAAGUUUUAUCUAUAUUUUAUAGAGGGGGCAAAAUGAUAUGUUUGUCCCCCCCCUUUAUUUGCUUUGAAUGAGAAUAUUAAAAACUUUUAAAUAAGUCGUAUAAUUUUGAAGCAUAAAAUUCAAAUCACUUAAAAUAUAAUAUUACUGCUUAAGUAUUCCUAGACGCAUUGGUCAUGAUAGAUUAUGAAAAUGUCAUUAAAUUCUAAAAUAUAUUACAAAUUUAUACAAUAUUCUGCCCGAAGAAAAAAUUGUAUUUUAUGUGAUUCGCUAUUAUUUCAGAUAAGCGAUUGAACGCUUAUCAUUGUGAAAAAAUGAAAAUUAACUACUAGUCACCUAUAGUCAACCUAACCUAACCUAACUUUGGCGGUCGCAAAAUUUUAUAAGGGGUCGCCCGUGCAUCGCUGGUUAGUUUUUUUUCUGUUAACUGCCCUAGACUUUUUUAUUUAAACGACUCAUAGUCUAUAUAAAUACAAUGUAUGAUGGGUGUUUAAUUAUUUUAUAAUACACGAGUAAUAAAUAUAUUAUAUGUAUACAUAAACAUAUUUGGAGUUGUACCAAGAGUUAGUAAUGACGUAGCCCCAGUCUUUAGUCUAAGUCAUAUUAAACUAGUCGUACGGUUCCAAGCAUUUGAAGCACCUAAUGUCUUGUGAAUCGUCAGUUAGUUGUUUAGCAGUUUCAUUAGUGUGCAGCACUAAUCUAUUUCCAUGUUUGUUUGCAAACUUCUUGAUUUCUAAUGAUUCGAUAUACCGUGUGUUCCCCAACCACCUAGAUUAUCAAUUAGGUGAACAAACCGAAAUUUGUUUUUGUCAUUAUUGUUCUUCGUGCGUAACAAUAUUAAAUUGUAAUAUAAAUUUAGCAUGUCGUUACACGAAAAAUCACUCGUAUCGAAUAUUGUAAUUAUUGCGUUAUCAAAUAAUUAUUUUGAUAUUUUAAAUCACGUGAUAGUGUGUUCCUUGAUUUUCAGUCGGACGCGCAAUCGGGUGUUUCAUCUGGUUGAUAGUCGAGGUUAUCGAAGAACGCACGCGGGACAGUGAAUAAAACCGUUCGCGGACGUCGUGCGCGGUCGCUACGACGACGCGACGCACGUACGUGCGGCGGCGGCGGCGGGUCGCGUUUUUCUCGCCCGGUCUGUAUAAACGGCAGUCGCGGAUCCGGCGCCGAUUGAAAUUUAUUCGCGGAGGAAACGUUCAAUUUAGAAGGAAAAAAAAAAAGAAUCACCCGCGCGCAACGGCUCUCGACUAUAUUAUUAUAACGAUCUAACACAAUGGCGAAUAACGCGACAUUAUUUUAUUACCAACCGUUGUUAUUAUUGUGUCGCUGGCAGGGCGAAAUUUAAGCCGGGCCGUAGCCGCAGCCGCAGCCGCGUAGAUCGUAAAAAUAAUAUCCGUACUGCGCGCAACGGAUAGCCGAUCGUUGUGCCGAUACGCCUUUACGCGUCGCCGUCGGAAUAAUAAUUUAAAAAUAAAAAAUCUCCCGUAUUAUGUACUUUCGUGUUUUUUUUUUUCUGACACGAACAUCGUUCCGCAAACGGUUUUAAUAAUAUUUAUUAUUAUUAAUAUAUAGACGCGUGCGAUGCACGAGCACAACAAUAUAACACGAUAUAUUAUAGGCGCGAUUAUAAUACGACCCAUCGUACACCGCCUAUAAUAUACGAGAUGGUGCGCGUUACAUCCGCAACGUCGUAAUAUACAGGGCGAUUGCAUUGUAUGGCAAAGCUAAUAAACAAUAUCUUAUAGGUAAUAAUAUCGCGAAUAUUUUGAGCGAAAUUUUGAUUUCGGGGUUUUUUUUUUUUCGAUCAUUGUUUAGGUUCAUAGACGCAAAUAGGUGGGAGGGGAGGUUGCUAGCGGAGCACUCCAGAGUUUAAAAUAAGCAUUCCCAAAAAACCCAAUCAUGUUUUUCAUAGUAAUGACAAAAUAUUUUAUCCGUGUACUCGUAUUUCGUAAUUAAUGAACAGAACAAAAUAUAAGUUUACACAGACAAUGCAUGUGUGUAUGAAAAUAAUCAUGAUGGAUUUGUGUAUACAAAAUUAUAAAUGAAAGCUGUAGUGAACUAUUGUAAGGGUCAUGCAAAGAAGAUUCCGGUGAGUCAUAGCUUCCAUAGGUCUUUGAUGUGUCUGUAAUUUUAGCACCUCCAGAACUGGUGGUUAUUGUUGCGCCUAUGUGUUUAGUUUAUAUGAUGCAUUUUGCGUUGUUCACUAAAGCUCGACGUGCGACGCUUGUUUUGUUAGUACAAAUCCGUCUUGCAAGUUUUCGAAUGAUUGUAUAACUAUAAGACAUUUCAUUUUUUAUUUUUCGAGGAUUUUAGGGUUUUGGGAUCAUUUUUUGAAUUUUUUUGAUUUUAAAUUCAAAUUUUAAAUUUUUACCCGCGCUUUCGAGAUUUGCUUGUUUUUUUUACUCAACUCGUUUUGUGCAAUUUUGAUCGAGAAUUAUUCAUUUCAUUUUGACUUUUUUUUAUAAUUUUAGAUUUUAAAGCUAUUUGUUCAUUUUGUAGUGCAUUAAUUAGGAUUUUUUUGGAAAUUGUAUGGCUUAUGGGGUAUUUUGUUCUUAUAAGCUUACAAUAAUAUAUCAUAAUGCUCUCUUAUUUAUAUUAUUUUCAAACAUUUUACUGCAAUACCAAAACAAGAAUUGUCUCACUCCUAAUAAUGACAAGUAUAUACCAUACGUACUACUAGUAUUAAUUUCGUAUUCUUUGAUCUUUCUAAAAAUAUUAUUUUGAAAUCAAGAUUGUGGAUUAAUUAGUUAAACUAAUUUAUUGAUUAUAAUUAUUAAAGGUACCGACGUAUUUACGAUGUACUAAUUAGUAUUAAUUAUAUGAAUGCAACAAAAACGACGUCCGAAUCGUGACGCGCAUUGUAAUUUGAUUAUUUAAUGUCUGGAGAGAAAUUGGCAUGAUUUUAUUCCAGAGUGAAUUUUUCUACAGAUAAUUGACAGCGAAGGAAAACACGGUAUUUCAUUUAUGAAGGCAACUAGUUUAGAAAUCUACAUUGUGGAGUCUGUGAUUUCUGGCUAUUGAUUUCGGUAAUAACAAUGUAUAUAUUUUAUGAACUCUCGAUUCGAAAAGAGAAUAUUAUCUAUAAGUACUUUUCCAAAAAAAUGUAUACGCAGUAUCGGUGUUGUAGCUGUUUAAAAUUUUGUCUGAACUAGUAGGGAAAGAUAACCUGUACGUUUGCGCGGGCAUUAUGCAAUUUACAAAAAAAAAAAAAGGGAAUCAAAAUCUUUAUAUACAUACUGCAAUAGAUAUUUUAAUCGUUGGUUCGUGUGUUAACAAGAGCAUCACUCUGUAUGCUACACGUAUGCGCAUAUAAUGACAGUUAUUAAUAACAAUAAUCGAUCUCUUUGCUCGAUUAUAUUAUAAUAUUAUUUUUGCCGAUCCUAUUGUUUUUCGAAAACGAUUUUGCGCAUUGUGCACAGGUGAACGAGCCCGGGACGAGGUUCGUCGUUCGCGUUAUUAUGUGGGUGCUAACAACUAAUACACACAUCGUAUAUACUCCCGGCCGAAUCAACGCCAACGCGUGUUUUGGACAUGGACAAAAAUUAAAAAAAAAAAAAAAACAAUUUAUAAUGACAUUUUCGUAUGGGUGUAGGGUACUACCCGAGUACAAUCGGUGAAAGAUUUCGUUUUCUGACUGUUUACACGUGCAAUAAUAUAAUAAAUUCAAAACGAUCAAGACCUCCGUGACUAGAAUACCCCUUUCCACAUCUAUUUUGUAUAAUAUAAAUAUUCUGAAUAAAACGAUAAAUAACUGAAUAGGUUCUAUAAUAAAACAGUAUUAUAUCAUAUACUAAAAUGAUACUGCUUACAGAAAGUAAAACAAAAAUAGUGAAAUACGAUCAUAAAAAUUGCAAGAGGAAUAAAUGCGGGGGGGGGAGGGUUUGAAAGUUGAAACUCUGAAAGUUGAAAGUCACAUCAUCCUUGAUACCGACGCCAUGCAUGUACAAAAUGUCAUCCCUCAGCUUUAUUUAAGGAGUCUGCGGGGGCGGAAAAAGCUAAAAAACAUUCUUUUGCCACGCAAUGGACAUUACUGGUUUAAUUCAUAUUGAAAUACAAUUCAAAAUUUUAUCUCUUCAAUCUAUCUCCAAAACAACUCUAAUCCCUGAGUUUGAACACAUUCGGUCCAAAGGGAGCAGCUAAAAAUGUCUAUAAGUUGCGGAAAAAGGUAUAUAUUUAUAUAAUUAUUAUAUUAUAACAAACACAAUUCAGUGCAAUAUAGUCUCUAUUUUCGGGGAAAAUUCGACAAUAAUGAUAAUAUGUAGUGAAUAAAUAUUAAUUAUAUCGGUAGUUAUACAAAAUUAACAUUUAAGAAAAAAAGAGGGAGCAUAUUGUGUAGAAUAAUUAAAUUAAAUUUAUCUAUAAGUAACGAUAAACCAUUGUUUUCAUAAAGCAAUUUAUGAGAGAGUAUUAUUAUUAGUCGUAUUUUUCUCUUGUUAUCGAGGGAAAUGAAUAACAAUUAUACGAAGCAUUAGUUUUUCCCAUCUAUUAAGAAGUCUACAAGGCAAAUCAAACCUUUCUAAUACACCAAAUAGAAUAAAAAUGUUACAAGGAAGUUCCUAUAAAGUUUUUGAUUAGAGCAAGAUUUAUGGUAUAAAAAUUGUUUACUGACACAAAAUAAUAAAUCUAACACAACAUUUAGUAAAACCAAUACAUUUUUCGUGUCGUUCAGUUUAAAACGUAGCCAGGAGUAAAUAUUAUUAUUGUUAUUGUAUCAGCAUGUUUGUCUGUAUAAAAUAAAUAAGAAUAAAAUAAUUAAAAAAAAUAAGCGUGUAACCUAGAGUACACAGAUACCUAAGCAUAGCAAAAAAUAUGGGAAUUUGAAUGGUAUAUAUGAAUAUAUUAUAUAGUUAUACAGAAAGUUAAAUAAUCAGUUUAAUAAAAAAGCGAUUGUUUAAAAUGAAACGUGAUGCCGUUUUAAUAUUAUUAUUUAAUUAAGUAGUAGUUUCUUGCGGGAUUAUCCGAUAGUGAUUUUUGAAAUCGAAUUAUAUAAUAUUCCGCGCUGUACGUUUUUAAAUUGGUCGAGGAUUGUUUUCUUUUGAAGGAACUUACAUACACAUUUUUUAAUAUUAUUUAUUUUAUACGAAUAUAUCUAUGUAUACAAAUAUUUAAUGUAUAUUUGUUAUAUUGCUGUGUUAUUAUUUCACGAGCAUUAACCUCUAAAACAAUUUGUUUAAACAAAUAAUAAAAGAAACGUCGUUUUAGUUAUACCGUGUGUCGUUAUACUUAGCAUACGAUUGUUUAUACGGUUAAGCAGAGUUUAAAGUGGUAUAAAAUGGGGCGGAAAAAGUUAAUCCAAUUGAUCCGAUGAAUACUUAUUCGGUAUUAAAUUUUGUAAUACGUUUUGAAGAUCAAUAAUAUUAUUUGAGCGUUACAAAUUAGAAGAAUAUUACAUUUAGAAGCCCCCGUCUUCUCUGAUUUUUUUUUUUUACAGCUGAGUUAGAAAUAUAGGUACGUAUCUGAUGGGGACUGAGUCCUAUUGAGUUUCUCCUACACAACCUCGUGAUUAUGUUCGGCUAACGAUCGUAUAAUAUUUUUUAUAAUAGUUGCUGGUUUAUUCGUAUACAUCGAUUGCUCGUGAAAAAUAUCGAAAUUAGAUCUGCUACGGUUUUUUCAUGUGAACUUAUCAUAUAGCUCUUGGUAGCUAGUACUAUAUUAAGUUUUUCUGUUUUUAACGGAUUUAAAAAAAAAAAUAUUGAUGUGUAUAAUACAUUAUAUUCUUGAAAAUAAGUACUUUAAUAUAAUAUCGUAUAUUAUUGUACUAUUCAGGGUAUAAUUGUACACAUUUCGGGUACAAGGAAUAGUGUAAAAAUUGAAAAUAGUGUUAAAAUAAAACUUAAAAAAGUACAUAGUAAUUGAUACAGUAUAUGUGAGUUUUGCUUUUUUGAAAAAUGGGUUGAGUCGAGUCAAAAAAGUCGAUUAUUGGAGUUUACAAAUACAAUACAAAAAAAAAAAUUGUUUAGUCGAGUAAUUGACUGACAUUAAAAAUUGAAAAAAAAAAACAACAGAAAUCAAAUUCUUUUAAGAUCUUCCCUGGAAAAUUGCUAGUUCGUGAUAAAUGGAUCACCUUGUAUAAGUAUGCAUGUACAUUAUAGAUGAGACAAGAAUUUUUAAUACUAUAGAAUACUAGUUCCCUUGAAUAGUUAAGAAAACACUAUCGAAGGUUGUUUCCCUUAUAUACAAUAAACUACGUAUUUUAUAUGGGAAAAAUGUUAAUCGCGUUUAAAAUAUAUUUAUUAUUAUUAUUUUUUUAAACAAACAUCAUAGUAUAAUAUUUGUGUUUACGACAAAUCAUAUUGUGUACUAACUACUAUGUUAUAUAUCGUAUACGUAUAUAAUAAUGAAUUACUUGUAAUAAACUUCUUACAAAAAAAAAUCGUGUACCAUAAGCAAUUGAGCUUUGUCCCAACUGAAUAAUAUUUUGGCGCCAGAGAAAAUGGGCUUAAGUACAAUUUUGGGGGUAUAUUUAUUUUUACUGAAAAAAAGUAAUAUUUUCCUGUCAAUACAGAGAAAUUAAAUUAUUAUUAUUAUAAACAUGAUAGUAUAUGACGUUUGACCGUUGUCCCGUUGUCUCUGUUAGAUAAUAGUAUUUAUAAAGAUGUAAAAUGACUGAAGUUUUUUUUACCAAUAUCAUGUAUUGGUCUAGAAGGCCGAUCAAAGAUUGCAGAUUUAUGGAUUGAUAAAAAAAGGUUCAAUGGAUUUUUCAAACUUGUAUUUGUUUGUCCUGAACACUUGAGAACAACGACUUUUGCCCUUUUAUUUGGUGCCAAAACGUUAUUUAUACAUAAAUUAAUAAUUGUUAAAAUAAAAUUUAAUUUUUAAAACAAACGCAUAAUCAUUGUUUGUGUUAUAAUCUUACGCGUAAUUUCUCUAUAAUAUGUAACGUAGGGAUAUUAAAAUGAACCUAUAAUAUAAGGUCCUUUUUAUCUCCAGUGUCAUGUACAUAUUACAUGUAGUGUAGUAUGGUUCGUAUUUUAAUAGUAGCGUUAAUUAUGGCGUAUCAUUAUCCUUUAUUAGGUAUUAUUUAACGUAAUAUUUACCGCGUUUUUACUUAUUUCAUAUUUUUUGACAUAUUUUAUCUGUAUAGAGCGAACAAAAUUAUUUUACAUAAUUUAUUAUCGUUUUGUAGGAGCAGGUUAUUGUACAGUAAAUGUUCUGUUUUAAAACAUGAACAAAUUAUACAAUAAUUGUUUAAAAUAUUUUUCUACCAACCUAUCAAUUAUCGUUUAAAAUAAAAUCGGUUAAAAUAGUUAAAUGUUUAAACGCACAACCAUUGUUAUUACAACGUAGGUGCCUAUAUUAAAAUAAACUUCUUGUGUUCAAAAAUUCCAAGGGGAAUUUUCGGUGCUGUAAAAGAUGUGUGAAGGGAAUAAGAAAGAAUGAGGUACUAGAAUCAUUGCUUCAGAAACCGAAUAUCGUUCAGAAGUUAGAGGUUCCGAAGUUAAAAUGGGCAAGGUACGCUUGGAGAAAUUUAAAUGUAUUCCUUUAGUAUUGGAAAAGGAAUCCACGUUAAAUUUCCCAUAUAAAAACGUUGCAGCAAUAAUAAAAACAAAUAAAUACAUUUCCAUCAACCCGUUGACGAGAUAAUCUAAUUUUAAGUUUGGGUUGGUGGAGCAUUAUUCAAACUCAAUGUAAAUUUAAAAGUGGAAUAUUUCGUCAAAGGGUUGACGGAAAUUAAAAAUGUCAACACUAAAAUGUAUUUAACUAAAACAUUAUCUAUUUAUGAAGUUUUUAAUAUAGUUUGCUAUAUGAAAAUUAAAAGAGGGAUGUGAUUCUACUUCCAAAAAAAGAGUGACAAAAAAAAAAAAAAAAAUGGUAAUGUAAAUGGUAACACUUUAAAGUUGCUUGUUUCAUAAAAAAAAAAUUGCCAAAAAAAAAAAGUAUAGAAAUAUAAAAUUCAGCUACUUGAAUUUAAAAUAACAUUUUAAAAUAAUUUUGAAUUACGCUACAUCAGUAUUGUUUAAAUACGUUUAUUUUGGCCAUUAUAGAUAUUAUAUCCUAAAAUUACUAUAGUCUAUCUAUAGAUAGAUUAAUCCAUUAAUUUAUCCAUUAAAAAUCCAUUAAUAAAAAUCAUUAUUUUGUAUGUAAUUUACAAAAGGAAACAAUAGGAAUAAAUGUACCUAUAAUAUAUAAAAAAAGGAAAAAUAUGCUUUAUAAAAUUAUAGGUUUGAGCGGUCAGCUCCCGUUUUGCUGCUAUACCAUUUCAAUGAAUUUCUUUUAUCGCCGUUCCAUUUCAUCGAAUUUAUUUUUCGAGUAACUUAUAAGUUAAAAAUUACAUACUUAUUAAUUAUAUUCAUGUAUUGUGUAUCAAUAUAAAUUUGCAUACAUUAUUAUUAGUUAUAUUUUAUAAAUUAAUAAAAAAUUCGAUUAAAUAAUAUAAAUAAAUAAAAAAAAAAAAUGUAAAAAACUGUUUUAAAAUUGUUCGUUGUGAUCACAGAACUUAUCGGAUAUACUGUGAAUAAAUUUGUAUUUAUUACGCCAGUUUGUCAAUGCAUUUCGAGUAAUUUUUUUUGUUUUUGUUUUAUCUAUUCUAAAAUAAUAGUUAUCAAAAAUAAUGCAUUAGCCUUUUCGCUUUGUAGAAAUAUAUUCAAUUGCAGCCGUCAUUAUACUGGCCGUACUGACUUAUCAACUUUGCAGUUAUCGUCACCACAACAUUAUUCAUUCUAUUUUAUUUAUAUAAUUAUCAAGGAUUUAUUAAUCGAUUACUUCAUAUAGUUAAGUUCAAAUGAUAAAUCUUUCAAUGUGGCUAUCUAUUGCUUUACGAAUCACAAAUUUACAACUAUGUUUUAAAACAAAAAUAAAUCGCGUAAAUUGCAUUACUGCCGAUAGGUAAAUCAUACGUUACAAUAGUGCACCCGGUAUUUUAGGUCCGGUACCUGUAUAAUUGAACGAAACUCAUCAUUUACGAAUUGUGCGUAAUAUAUAGAUAUUUAUAUUAUCUUUGUCAUUAUUUGACAGGUAGUGUUUAGAAAGUCGAAAACCCAUAUGUGUAAUAAUAUCGGCUGCAGAUAUUUACAACGCAUUGCUAUUUUCAAUUAAAAAAAUUAUAAUUUCCAUUAUAUUGUUAUCAAAAGUUUUUAUUCAAUCUCACUUGUUUAUUUGUUAAUGUAGAUUCUUUGGACAUUUAAUUGUUAUACUUCCCGAUGAGACUCGCGGGACAAUUGUAAAUCGCGGAUGACAACACAUUAUGUUUUAUUUCAUACAUAAAAAAAAUCGUAAAAGGUGGACGUACCUUGGUUAAUUAGGCCACUGUUGUAGGUAGGGAGUAUAACCUGCAGGUAUAAUAAUAGAAUUUGGGGUAAUGUAGUUAAAACUAAAAAAUUAUAAACAGUUUUAAACACGAGUUUUUUUAUUAGAAGAAUGAUAUUAAACGUACAAAAAAAAAAAAUUUGCGUAGGUGUAAAAUAUUCACUGUAUUUUCUUUAAAUUCAUCAUCUUUGAUUGCAUGCAUCGGAAAACAAUCGAUUUAUAUGUAAUAAGUCCAUUUAAUGACGUUUACGAUCCACGCUUUUUUUUUUCGUAGGUAGGUAGGUAGGUACAUGCAAUAUUAUUUUUCAAAUAAAAGCUCGAUUUUAAAAACCUUUUUUGUUUAUUUAUCGUUACUUAUUACAACAUAUAAUUAAACUCGACUUUUUAAAAUCAUUUAUAGGUCACCGAAUUUUAAUGUUUCCCUACCGUUAAGUUUGUACUCGAUCAACUUUUGGUAACAUUAUCAUUCCCCCUUUCGGUUUCCAUAUUACGUGCGUCAAACAAUCUGAUCAAUAUAUAUUGUAUCGUCUAUACUUGUUGAAUUUCACAGUUUACGUUUGAGGUAAACUUUUGUAUAGCGGUAUAACAUUUUAAACUAUGGCGGUUUUGCUAUAUGUGAUGCGUGUUUUCUGAUCUGUUUAUUUUUCUGUCUGUAAAUCACUUUUCUACCUGAAAUCGUGCUCUGAUUUUAAAGCGUCUAUAGAAUUUUCUCCGAGAGUAAAUUUUGUCUAGCCGGUUCGUCGGGUGAUCUGAUUGUUUUUUUUUCUUCCAUAAUUAUUUUGUACAUUAUACGACACGCUAUUCAUUUAUUUGCGCUAAAUGUCACUAUACUCUGCAGUCACGUAUCGGUUACCUAUAUAUACACAAAACAAACAUCGUGCUGCCGCAAUAAAUUACGUCGGUAAAAAUAUAAUACGAUAGUUUCGCUGUGGCACUUAAAUUAUAAUAUUACAUACGCCCGGCACCUACUUUAUUGUUUUCUCCCCCCUCCCUCAUCCUAUAAAAACCUGCAGUGGUGUACCUUGCUGCAAGACGCGCGCUUGAGUGUGGCGUUUAACGCGAGUAUCCAAUGUCUCACAAUCGUUAUUUGCCGUCUCUGAUGUUUUUACUGUUUUUAUUAUAUACAUUUCGAAUAGUAUGGGUAUAAUUAUUAUUGUAUUAUUAUUAUUAUGACGGCGAUUCAGAAUGGCAGUGUUUGAUUCGCAGUGCGCCUCGGUCCCGCUCUUGCAAAUAACUCGUAUACCGUCGAAAUGGUUUCGAUUGUGACCUUGGCGGUGGCGGUGCGGUAGGUUUCGUUUUGGUUUUUUCGGUAUAUAUUAUUAUUAUCAUUAUUAUUAUUGUCCAUGGGUCAUACCUAUAUACAACGAACGAAAAUGAACAUUAUAAUAAUAAUAAAAAAAAAAAUGACAUUGACCACAUGCGGCGUAAUUAGGUACACUAGCUGGCUGUUCCCUAUUUUUAUCCACUUCUACCUACUAUAAAAAGUACUACUACUUCUACUUAUGGUAUACAUUUGGGGUCGAUACCACAACAUUAUAAUUGUAUUAUAGUAUCUAUAACCAGCACGCAUAUAUAUAUAUAUAUACCUUAACUAGAACGAAUACGCAUUUGUAACGGUUUGGAGGGGGGGAGGGAACGCGUUUACCCGUGUCUAUAAUAUGAAAUCCGGAAUGCUAUACUACCUAUAGCUACUUCCUACGGAUAUAACGCGGACGGAGUUAAAAAAAAAAGCCCGAUCGUAGAAAAACAAAACCCUAUUGUAAUUGAAUAUACAUGUACCCAGGUAGAUAAUUUAAAAAAUAAUAAUGGACAGCACAGAAAUAAAACCAAGUAAUAAAAACACGUUUUUUUGUGAAUAGUCCAUUCACGAUAAUUACACGUCUCAUAUAUAUCAUUUGGGUUCAUUUAAUCAAUCUCUAAUUAAGAGAAUUUAAGAUCCAAUUAAUGUGCAGUUAAAUUUAUAUGCAAUUUUAUUGUGACUCAGUUUAUUUCGCUAUCACCGGACAUUAACCAUAAACCUAUUAAUCGUAAAAUAUUCGACCAGUUAAAAAAUUCAACAAGAGAUUAGGAUCAAUAUUAUAAGAUGCUAUUAUGUUAUGUGUAAAAACCGGAUUUAAUUCCGUUAAAAAUAUUGUGUCAAAAUUGCAAUGAAAGUAUAUAAAAAUUGCAGUAUAAAUAUGCUAAAAUUUCAAUGAAAAAUAUAUUAAAGUUACAUAAUAAAACCAUACACUUGUACACAAGACAAUAAAUAAUUUUACUGUCCGUAGAAAAUACUUCCUUAGUUUUGUUGAAUGGAGUGAUCCAAGAUGAUAUUUUCCAUUUUAAACUUCAUUUAACUUUAGGCAUAAGGUAUUGGUUAUUAUUUUUGAAAAAUUUAAAGAUAGCUAUUUUAUAGAGUUUAUACUUUUGAACAUUUUAACGAGUAAACUUUUUAUUUUCAUUGAAUAUGUGAUUUAUAAUAAUUUUUUAAAAUUCAGAGAAAAAUAAUGCACAGUUAGUUAGCCAUGAUAAUAAUAACCGAUUAGCGAAUGCGAUUAAAACCUGCUGCAUGAUUAUGAGUACUUUCCUCUAAUUCUCUUUUUUUUUAUAUAUAUAUAAAAGAAACAAAACAGAAUAUGAUUAUUUUUAUUAUUUCUUAUUAUUAUUCAUAACAAUAAGAUUCCCAAUAAAAUUUUGCUAUAUCAUAUUAUUCACUUAAUUAGUACGAACAUUUUUUAAUAUCAGAGCGAACUGAGAAAUGUAUUAGUUUUAUGAUGUUUUUUAUUUUUAUUUUUCUGUAAACAACUUUUCUACCAACAAUUUUGCUCCGAUUUACAAGUGUAGUACCUUUUCUCAAAGAAAAUUUUACUUAGUUGGUAUAUUAAAAAGGUUAAUUUUUUGAUUUUUUAAUGGGUUUUCAUUAUAAAUGGGGAAAACUGAAAAAAAUGUAGAUUUAAAUAUUACGGCUUUUCAAAACAUAUAAUCGAGCUCCGCUCAGAAUCGUUUUUUAUUAGCAAUGAUUAAUCGUUGCGUACGGAUAUACAUUAAAUUUCCCCUCUUCCCAACUUCUCACUUACAACAGGGACCGACCUAUGUCCGUUUGUUUGUUUGUUAAUGACUUUUCUACCAGAAACCUUUUCUGAUAUCCUGAUUCUCCGAUUUUCAAUUGAACAUCGUUUUUUAAAACAAAUAUGGUCUAGUUUAUGUUUUGCAGGGUAAGUUAUUUUCUGAUUUUUUUGUAUUUUUAUUGAUAAUUGGAAAAAAACGUAUUCGAAUCUGGAAAAUGUACAGCAAUAACAGUUUCAUUAUUUUUGAUUUUGUUUUUGUUGUUAUUCGGUUAAACAUAAUUGUCGAAAACUGAAUUCCGCAUAGUAUACUUAUAUAUUAGCGCUUUCUAGACGUAGUUCAAACCAUUUCAUCCAUUUUUGAGUUAUUUAUUAGUAUUUGACAUUUUCUAGAUUUUUUUAAUACCAAAGCGUUGCAAGUUCAAAUUUUAACGAAAAUCGUUCAAAUCACGGCAUUUCAAAUCAAAUUUAACCGAACCUCUAUUUAUGCUAUUCGCUUUUAUUUUUUAAAAUAUCGACCUUCUUAUGUAUUCAUUUUUUUUUCUGACAGCAGGGGCUUUUUUCCUUUCAAUUCCAGACAGACAUAUAUUGAUACCUUUUUUUUUCUUUAACGGUUGUACAACAUAACAUUAUUAAUAUAUCACUUCUAUAACUCAUCUUCACCGUAUAGUGUUAGAGAAUUCGCAAUUCAAUUUGUUAUAUGUGUUUAACGAUUUAUAAGGAUUACGCGUAUAGCGAUGUAUUAUUCAUUAAUAAAUGCAUUAAAUAUUUACGCAGCCAUAAAGAUUUACACCCGAUGGACGUAAUUGUAAUUACGAUUAUUAUAUAUACCGCCGACGCUUUUCAAUAGCUUUUACACGCUCUUCUUUUGGUUCGAAACCGUACGGUUGAAUCGUUCAUAAUAUUAUUAUUUUGUCAUUAUAUAAUAUAUAUACGUACGUAAUAUGACAAAUAAGAAUAAUACAUACAUCGAGAGGGCGAUAACACUAGAAUUUGCUUUUAACAAAAUAUAUAGCGCUGAAAUGUAACAUUAUUAAUAUAUGGCGGUAUAUUGAUUGUGAAUGCGAAAAGGCCUUGGUAGAGUUGUUAAACUUUAUAGGCGCUAUUGUUGAAUUCGAAUUGUCGGAAAAAAAACUAAAUAAAAAUGCGUCGAUAACGAAUGUCUCUAGUGAGUUUUCGACACGUUGGUAUUAAAUUAAACUGCAAGGAAAUCAAAAAAUGAAUUUGAAAAAAAAGCAGAUACUGCUGUUGGGUGUGUCACUGUUUUAGGAGAGGAUUUGGAAGGGAGGAUGUAGAUAUAUAAAGAGAGGGAAUAAUUUAAUUGAUAUCUGUAUGUAAUGAUAAAUCAUUAUUAACGAAAAAACGAUUCUGAGCAGGAUAUUAUAAUUAAUAUUUUUUCCUUUGUUGGAAAUGAAAUACAGAAAUUAACAAUAGUUAUCUCGCGAAAGCUACAAGGAAAAUCAAUAUGACCACCCCAUUGUACCAAUUAUAUUAAUAAUGCAACAAAAAUAUUCCUAUAAAGUUUUUGAUUGCAACAUGAUUUCUGGUAAACAAGUUGUUUACAGACAAGUAAAAAUAAAAAAAUAACAUAACCAAUAUAUUCCUCGUUUAAAUCAGAAUCUUAAACAAAUUAUUUACAAUUUAAGUGUAAAAUUAAUAUUCGAAAAUUGGAAGCCGUUAGUUUUGUAGUAAUCAAUGAUAUAGGGAAUCGAUUACUAAAAACUAACCCAGAGCCUAUGUAUAUACAUUGUUCGGUUUGGUCAGGUUCUGAGAAAAGUGAUUACAUUGAUGGAUUAUAAGAAUUGCCGUUAAAAUUCGUAAAUCGAAAUCAUAAAAAAUUAAACGAUGACGUCGGUUUUGUAGGUACUAUAGUACAUUUUUGAUAUCCGCAGUUAAAAGUCCUUAAUACGAAAGUUUAGUUGCAUAAUGUAUUGACGAGUUGAGUGGCGUCCAUAAUGAAAAUGUCACGUUCCGCGGAACAAAGUACUUCAAAUAUAAAUAUAGCUAAACCUAGUAAAUUAAUUUUAUCCAGUUAAAAUAUUUACCGUUUCCGAUCAUGGGUGGUAUCCACCAUUUGUAUUUUGUAGUGUUGGCCCAUAGUAGAAAUAAUUCCGUUCUUUAUACGCAAGAAUAAUACACUUUAGUUUCUUGUCGAAUAAACUAUAAUAUGUGUGAUUUUUUCUUCUUUUUUGAUAACGCUAUUUUGUUUGUAUAUCCGUUAACACUUUGGGGCAGUAAACACGCUGAACUGCACCAAAUCACAUGCGAUUAGUCGCCUUAUUUAUAGCCGUAUAAUUGCGUAAAAAAAAUGAGCGAAGUGAGACGAGUGUCCAACACCCGGUUCGUGUGUACUUUUUAUAAACAUACUAUUAAACAAUAAUUGUGAAAUAAAUAUAACGGUGUUAUUCUACACAUUUUUAGAUUCGGAACGUAACGAGGGAUUUAUUGGUUUUACUACGAUUUGUGUUUUUUGUAUAUUUUAAUUUUUUGUGUUUGUUCUACUAGAAGUAUUGCUCUGAUGUAUCAAGUGUAUAGUACCUUUUCUCAAAUUUUAUCGAGUUGGUGCAAUUUGGAGGUCAUUUUUUGGUGAGGUUUUCAUAAUAAACGCGAAAAACCGAAAACAUAAUUAUAGUUAAAACGGCAAAUAUGUACGACGCUUCACGGCGUUACCGAUUUUAUAGUGUUUAAUUUUUGCGAACUAUAUUUAUUAGAAAUAUUACGUAAUUUUUAUACAGUUGGUACUCUGCUGUGAAUAAAAUGGUUUGAUCUUACAGAAAUGCUCGAAAAUUUAACAGAAGGUUCAUUAUAAGUUGUACUAUAAGUGGAAAAAAAAAGUCGAGUUAAUGUAGUAUUUUGUUUAUAUAAGAUUUAAUAUCAAAUUUUGACGAAAAUCGUAAAUAUACGGCCUUUCAAAACAUUUAUAAUUGAAUUUCGCUCUGAAUCAUUUUUUGUGAGCAAUGGUUUAUCGUUGUAUAUAGUUUUAAAUUAAAUAACUUUAUUUAUCCUACAUUCCCAACUUCCCAUCUACAACAGUGGUACACCCGUUCCCAGUAUCAGUAAUUUUAUUUUAUUUAUUAAAAAAAAAAAAAACAAUAUUUACAAUUUACAAUAGAACCUAACGAUUCAAUACUGAACGGUCUACAUAUUAAUUUUCUCGGUCAAUAUUUGCAGUUUUAAUUGAUUUUUUUUGUACACAAGUUCCUUUCUAUAAAUUAAUUUCAUAUUCUGAAGUAGAGUAUUUUUUUUUUUUAAACUAUUUUGAUCUUUAUAAAUUCCGAGUCAAUCAUUUACAAGCCUUUAACGUUAAAACGAAAAUAAAAGUGGUAGUUAUUACGAGAAGUGUUUAGGGUUUAAUUUUUGUAUUUCACAAAAUGUCUUAACGUUAUUAAAAAGUUCAAAUCCGAUUGCAUAUAUUUUACUUUGACGUAAAAGCCAGGCAAAAUUGUAGGAAUACAGGAUUGUUAGAAAAACCGUAAGAAAUUGUAGAUAUCUGAAGGUUUUCAAUAAUUUUGGUAACGAUUUCUAAUUUUUUUUUUUUAACUUAGAUAUAUCGUAUAUAAGUUGGCAAUCUAAAUUGUAUUAUUUUACUGGAAAUCGUAAAAAAAUUUGAUUGCAUUUUUCAAAAAGUACCAUAUACCUUACAUAUCCAGUAUUUUGAUUUUGACUUAUACGAUAAUGAGAAUAAAAAUUAAAAAUAUAAUUCCGAAGUAUAAAGAACCAAAAAAAUCAUACGUUUUCAAAAUUAGUAUCCUUCAAACGCAAUUCCAACAGUUCUGUCUGACUAUUCGGUUCAAAGCGUCAUAUUUGUCUGUAAAAACGGCCAUACGUGGUAUUGUACAGUAAAUUAGUGGAAAAUUAUUGUUAUUAAAAUUUAAAAAAUACAUUGGAAAAUCGUCAUCGACGGCGUACCUAUAAAACACUGUCGUACACGGAUACAAAUGUUCAGAGGGCUGGAGUGACAGAUUAAAGUCAUUGUUCGGCAUAAUACUUCAUUUAAAUAGCAUAUUGUCGUGUAACAAUAAAAGUUCACAAUUUAUUAUAUUAUAUACAGAAGUGCCUCGGAAUGAUUUACCAUUUUAAUGUAUAGUGAUGGGAGUUAGCAUUGCUCCUGUAUAUUAUCACUUUUUAGAAUGGUUUAUCUCCGUGGAUCGCUCUGUAUAAAUACAAUAAUAAGUUGUAAUUUAAUUUAUACGGAGCGUUGACGUGUUUAUACAAUGAAUUAGUUUUUUUUCCUUUGCGUUUCGCUGAACGCCGUCAAAACCCCGCAGUUGUUCUCUCGAACAACACGAUUUCUUUUCUUUUUUUUUAUUUUAAAAACGUAUUCGCAAUUUCGUUUUAUUUAAAUUUAUACAAGGGUUUUUUUUCGUAAUAUUAUUAAUUUUUUUUUCAUUAUUAUUAUUAUCAGUUACACAAACCCAAAAUAUAUUGUUCGUACAGUCGACGAUCGCCAUGAGCGCACUGCAACCGCUGUUAUAUUAUAUUAUUUCGAUCGUAUUUAUCGUAAAACUUUACAUUUUAUUUACCGCGAAAGUUAACCGUUAGCGACUGCUGGGAAAUAUGGUAUAUACAAUAAUAACAAUAAUAAUAGUAUUCUUAUUCUAUUGUUAUUUCGCUGUCGGAUUGUUGUUGGUUUCUGUUUUCGAACACGUUUGAAACUUUUUGCUUCGGCGGUUUACACUUUUAAACGGAUUUCGUAUAUUAUAUACGUUCGGUUAAUCUAAUUAUAUAUUACAGUCGUUCAAAUGAAAACUUAUGGGCUUUGUUAUUGUUUCGUCUCUCGUAUAUAUUGUUUAGUGUGCAGAGCAUACAAAUAUACGGCGACCGUUGGCCGUGUACGUUUUAAAUCAUAUUUAUCGCAUUUAAGUAGCAUUGAAUUUUAAGUCGAUUUUAAAAUUUAAAUGGAAUCACGCCGUCUUUGUCGCGAAACAUAAUAAGAGUAUAGAUGUUCCAAUGUACAUAAUUGCCGUGGUCGCGUGGAACUUUAUUGUAAAAUUAAUGAAAAAAAAAAAAAAAAAAAAAAAAAACCGUUUUCGUAAAACGAUUAAGCGUUCAUCAAGCACAGGGUUAUUGGAUCUUUUGUUGAACCGAUUUCAGUUCCGUUAAAUUUGCAAAGCUGUUUAACCGCGGGGUAUUCUGCGAACAGUCUCGUUUAUUUAUAAUUUUGCUAUCACGUAGAAUAGCAAUUCAAUUUUCUCGUAACAGGGGCGUUAAUCCGCUCGGUGACGUAUCAAACCUAUUAAAUGUUAGUUACGUCGUGUUUAUCAGACGAAGAUAACACUAUGACGAUUUUUCAAAAUGUCGAUUAAUCAUCAUCAACGCCAAGGCGGUUUAGAGAUUGAUCAAAUUAUCUCGAGGACUUACGACGGUUCGGAUUUUACCGCGAUAUUUAAAACAAACUUUAAUCGAACCCGAAACACAACCAGUAACGACUUGGAAUUUCGUUGUUUCGUUAAUAUAUACUUGUAUUACGACGUUGUAAUAUUUGAUACGGAUACGAGUGUUACGAUAUUCACGGGUAAUAACAGUACUACGUCAUCCUAUUCGGACGAUAAUAAUGGAACACGCGUCCGUGAAACGCGUUCCGUAGUUUUACAGAACCGAUAGAUUCAGUCAAACCGACUGUUUAUAAAAAUCGCCGUUUACACGCGACCCGGCUAUAAUAAUUACUAUCGUAUUCAUUCGGUACACCGAUAAACAGUACGCUACGUUUCUCUUGGGCACAGCAAGUAUGCACGCGUCGAUUACACGUUUAUCGUAUUUCGACGAGACGACGAUGCGCGCGUUCUCAUCGGAUUUCUAAAUACGCUCGUACGGUCUCGAAUAUAAUAUUAUUGUUACGAUUUUCCACAUUUACACACGCGUACGGAACACGCGCCAUUAAUCGGCGUUCGUUUUUUUUUUUUUCAUUCGUCUCGUUAUAAAUAUAUUAUUAUCGACCGUGUGUGUAUACAUAUAACACCAUAUAAUCUAAUACGUAUAUACGUUAUAUUGUAAUAAUAUGUACGUAUAUAUUAUCACGGUCAUCUGCAUGUGCAUCGGCAAUAACGGGGUUCGAAUGAGUUGUCGCGGUAUCAUACACGCCGAUUUGAUUCGAUGUGUUUUCUCACAGACUGCUGCUGCCGCUGGAAACCGUCCAAAUUGUCGAAAUCCUUCCGUACAGUAUUAUAUAGUAAACACAGUGGUUUUUUUUCCUCCUGGGCGGCGGACGGCAGCCAAUUUCGUUGGCGCUAAAUUCUUUUCAUCGUCUCCUCGACUAAAAAAAAAAAAAUUAAAAAAAAAAAAAAAAAAAAAAAAAUUAAAAAAAAAAAAACAAAAAAAAAACCGUAUAUGUGUAUAUUAUAAUGCGCGUAUAUAGGCAACGCACGCCGCUUAAAUAUACGCUGCCUCGAAGCCAACAAACGAGAAACACGUGUGUUUCCGUAUACAGUUUUACGGAAUGUCUGCUCUGCCCGGAAAGUGCCGUAUAUAAUAUAAUAUGGUAUAUGGUAGCGUUCUGUCAAACGCGUUUCGACUUUCGAGCGACCGAUUUUAGAAAAAAAAACAAAAAACAAAAAAAAAAUGCGUAUUUAUAGUAGGAGAAUAUUAUUAUGUGCAUAUUAUACUGCACGAAACGCGUGCGCAAUCACGUCCAAAGUUUUUCUCUCGACGUGUGUACACACGUGUACGCGGUGACGGGCCAACUAUAUAAACGUACCUAUAGUUAGAAAAAAAAAAUACAAAUUUACCUAGACACGUCACUGUAUACGAGUUUUUCGUCAUUAAGUAUAAUAAUAAUAAAUAGGUACAGUGUCUAUUUUUCCGACAUAUUUUUAUUGUAUUAUUUAGUGCACUGUAAAAAAAAAAAAUAAUAAUUAUCGUCAAAUUCGUGUCUACACUAAACCGUGUUGCAGUUUUAGGUAUACUUAUUGUAUACAUCGGUAGCGUUUAUUUUAGGGGGGGGGCACUCAUAAUUUGUGUUAUUAUAAUUACUGGCUUCGAGAAUAAUAAAAUACAUACAAAAUAUAAUAAUCUUAGUAACUAAAAUUUGAGAAGAUAAAAUAUACAGAGUAAUUUAGUUUAUUAUAGGUACCUUUAUCUGUAAGCAACGGUAUAUCAUUGUCAACGAAAAACGAUUCCGAACGAAGCUAGAUUAAUUAUGUUUUGAUGAACUUAAAUUGAAAAUUGUAUUUAUUUGUGAUCACAAAAUAAAUUACGAUUUCCUGUAUUUUUAUUAUUAUAAAAACUCAUAUUUAUAAAUCCCAAAUAAUUUUUGUUCAUUUUAAUUGGAAAAUAGUUCGCGAAAUCCCGUGAUUUCUAUGAUAUUUCUACUAGAAAUCACUUUUAAAGUUGAUGUUCAGAGUAAUAAAAUAAUUAAUAAAAAAAAUAAUUACACUAUUGUAAAACGAAUAUAUUCCUUCGUUUUAUUCGGAAUUUGAAGACUUCAGGAGAAGACUGCUUACCUCUAUUGUUACCCUUGGCUAUGACUACUACUUAAGAAUAUAUUAUUAUACAGCUGUACGGGAUUUUUAUUAAAUGAUCUUCUUUUUAACAACUUAACAGCCCGUUAAAGACCUGCUCUGCCACUAGUAAGCCUUUUAGUCAUUCUCUUUUUCAGUCUUUUAUUGCACUUUCAUCUGUUAGUCUCAUAUUUUUUUAUAUAGUAUUCAUAUCAAUUUGGUUCUUGGUCUACCGACUGAUUGUUUCUUGUUUAUUUUUCUUGUAAGAAAAUUUGUUAAUACAUCCCCGUCCGCUAUUCAUACAUAUCCCAACCACAUUACAAUCGUUCAGUUUCUUUUGUCCUGGACCAAGUCUCACAUGCAUGGCUACUGUUGGUCUAAGUUAGCUUAUAUAUAAAACAAUUUCUGAUUUGCUUAAUAAUAGUUUUUAUCUGAAUAUUUUUUUUUUUACCGAAUAACAUAUAUUUUUGUUUGAUAUGUUUUUAUUUAUUUCUUUAUGCGUAAUAUUAUUACUGCUGUUUGUAUUAAUAGCCACAUAUUUAAAAUCGUCCACUUUUUUUAAAACUCAUACUUUGCAGACGCUGACUCCGACCACUACAUAGUAAUCUCAAAACUUAAAUAAGGUUAUCUGAAAGAUGAAAGUACGUGAAAAGGAUCGAUACCGAAAAAUAUCGUAUUAAACUAUGUAAACGUAUUCUUAUAUCGUAUAUAUUGAAAAUAUCUAUGGGUACGUUCUUAAAAUGUAUUAUCGUACAUAGAGCUUUUGAAAGCUAUACGCUUUAAAAUAAGUAUUCUUAUAAAAGUAGGUAGUUGUACUUAAAAGUUAUAAGUCUGGUUAUAAGUAUGUAUCAGAAAAGUUAAGGUGUUUACAUGCUGUAUUAUCCUUAUUCCAGUGAGUUGAAUAAUAUCUUUUAUGAUAUUGAUAAUGUGCACGUAAAAAUACGGUCCAAAGUGUUAUAAUAUUGUAGGACUGACCGUUUUGAUUGUUAAUAAUUUUGUUUCUAUACUUGUGCUACAGCAUACGGUAACGUACGUUUUAAAAUAUAAUUUUAGUCGUACUAAAUGCUAAACAACAGUAUAUAGAAUUUUUUCGGAGGAAUCGAUGGCGGAAAAAAACACAAAUGCCAUUGAUUGUUGUAUACAACAACUUUCUAUAGACGCACGUGUAAAGUUUUAUCACAGGAGGGUAGGAGGAGGUUCCCUCUAAGCCAAAUACCCCGCAGUGAUGUGUAUAAUAUUUGACUGUAUACGUUUAUUUAUUUUCGUCCGAUGAGCUUCCGAUAUAUAAUGUGAAAGUAAAACUGAAGGUAAUAUUUGUUCGCGAAGACAAAAAAAAAAAAAAUAAACCCCUCCUCUUCCCUCAUCAAAAUUGACGGUUCCCCGCCGGAAUUAGAAUGCGCCUGCAGCGGUAUAGGACUUUUGCCACCCACCGAAAUACAAUUAUAAGUUGGCGACGACGGUAAAUUGCAGCCUGCAGAGAGACAAAACGCGCGUAGGUAUCAAUUUUUAUAAACAUUAAACUACGCCAACUCGGUUAUACAAAUCAGUUGUGAUUGUUAACGAGACCGUUUAAAAAAAAAAAAAUCGACUUAUAAAUUAAACUUCUAAAAUAAAAUAAAUUUCGUAUAAAUCUAGUACGAAUGCAAUAUAAUAAUAUCGCAGUAAAACAGUCUACUAACUACCCGUGGUAAAUAAAUUAGAUACUGUGUUUAUGAAAAUAUAUAAGUACACAUUUUCAAAUUAAACGACAAAACGUACCGGAUACUAAUUUAAAAACUGUAAUCUAUUAUAUUUAUUUUGUUCACUUUAUCCUGUAUCACGAACAUAUUAUAGUUCUAUGAUAAUUCAUGUCUUUACACAGUUUUUGUUCGUAAAGUAUUUUUCGUAUUUUUAUAUUUUGGACAGGAAUACGAUUUGGAAAUCCUGAUACAAUUUUUAUAACGAUGGUAAAUAUGACGUUUAUAUGCGAUAUAAAUCGUCCAAUUGGCCGACAACUAUUUAAGUACAAGCUUUUGUCUUAUAACAUUUUUAUUCGAAAUUUUAUCUAAAACGACCAAUGGAGCCGGGACUAUGUAGAUUGUGAUUAUACAAACUAUUGAUGCAGAUGCAUUGAUUAUAUGUACCACACUGUACAUGGAUUUCGCAGUGUUUGGACGUUAUACCUUUUUUUAAUGCGCAAUUCACGUAGAGGAAUGCUCAUAAAAUUGUUAAUAUUUAUAGAUAGUUGAAAAUAUACAAUGUUGGUCUUGAUUUUAGAAUAAUAAUAUCUACAUAAAUUAAUUUAAUGCAUUUUUAUAAUUUUUAUAGUAAUUGAAAUCCGCGGCGUAGAAGUUACUUUUUCAACACUUAUUGGUAUGUUCUACAAACCAGUUUGAAAUUAUUUUGUAAUAACUAUUGAUAUUGGCGCAAGCAAGACGUUAUUCGUAAAUAAUUCGCUAAAAUUAAAAUAUUAAUGUGCAGCGGAGUUUAAAAAACUAAAUUAAGAACAGCUAUAUUAUUGGUACCUGUAUAUGUGUAUAAAUUUAGGACAAUUUGUCUCAUGAAAUCGACCAGGAUACUAAAACUUUGUUAUAUUUUGUCUCUUGUUGUGUUUUUAUGUUUACAUAAACAUGUUUACGUAAACCCCGCGGUACAUUUAAAAAAAAAAAAAACCAAAAAUGGAAUUGAAAAUUACUCGUAAGCAAAUUAUUGGUGGAGAUUCGAUCGUGAUAUUUUUUAUGCCGUCGUGCCAACUUGCUACUCCCGUUCAUACGUAUAAAAUAUAGGGAGUGAGUUUGUAUUGUAUAAUGACUCACGUAGUCGUCCAUUCGUUAACUGUUAUUAAAUGCCGGUGAGGUGAAAUUAAAGUAAAGUAUUAAAACCUUAUUUUUUUCUAUUAUAAUAUAAUAUUAUCAUUUGACGAUUAAGAUUAACGGUAUUGAAAUCUGAUACCGGUAUUGUGGUAUUAGACUCGGCAUUGGUAUGAGACGGUGCACCGCAAUGCCAAUGUAUACCGGAAAACUAAUAGCGUCACAUACCGGAGAACCGGAAUACUGCACUUUUCGGUUUUUCACUGUUAAAUGUUAUGAGUAUUGAUUGGUAAACAAUAAUAUAAAAAUAAAACACUGUAUUAUUAAAGGGGUGACACAAACAUUUUUUCUAUGUUAAAUAAAUUAGUGACCUCGAGUCUCUGAAACUACUGAAAUUUGAUAAACGUGCUCUGAAAUAACACGGAAUGUUGGCUACUUGUUUUAAUAAUCUCAAUAUACCGUCAAAAUGCGGCAGAAUACGACGUGUUUCGUAACUAAAUUAAACAAGCGCAUAAUAUGAUAUCAGGUUGUUUAACGGAUCGUUUCUUUAGGAUCAUACUUUUGAUCACAAGUAAACAAAAAUCGAUCAGCAGAUUCUAUAUUACUGGUUGAUAUUGUUUUUUUUAUUAUUGCAUGAAGGCAUAAUUGUAUAAGCAGCAACACUGAUAUCGGUGUAAAUCAUUGUACAACUUUUUAUUCCGUGGAAGUAAUAGUUUCAAUACAAUAUUAGUCAGUCAUCUGAUAUUAUAUAUGGUGAACCCUUCAAGUGGUAUUUAAACACUAAGUCACUAACUGGUAUACGUCGGUAUUUUGGUAUUACGGUUUAUGGUAUACCGCAGUAUCACUGGUAUGUAUCGCAUAAGAGCGGUUCCUAAUGUGGACCUCUUGAAAGUUCUCUAAGUGGUCCGUAGUGUUUGGGAAUUACUACGGUAUAUUAUAUACUGUUUGAGCAGUAAUUGAGUCAUAACCGGUGUACCGGUUAACUGUUGUGCUAAUAUACUAAAACAUAUACCGGAAAAACCGUCAGCUCUAUACUAACGAUAGCAUUUUCGUUUCGUUGUUCCAGGGAAGAGGUACGAGACCAUACUGUUCGAUGGGGCGCCAAGUUCGAGUUCGUGUGCAAGAUGAGCGCGAACGCAUCCACCGGUAUAUUAGACCCGUGUAACCUCAGGAUAUCCGUUCGCAAAGUAUGUGCAAAUAUAUUAAUAUUCUGUACGGCGUUUCGUGUAUAUUUUUAAUCGUCACCGUCGUCGGUGAAAACGCCGAAUUUAUUCUAUAUAUUGUAUUGUUUGCCGUGAUGUGCACUUAUAUGUACAUAGGAGUUAAAAGGUGGCCGGAGCUUUCAGAAACUCGGUUUUACCGACGUCAAUCUGGCCGAACUGGCCGGUGCCGGACUGAGUUCAAGGCGAUGUCUCCUGGAAGGAUACGACACCCGACAUCACAGGCAAGACAACUCCAUGCUCCGAAUAUCCGUUUCCAUGAACAUGUUGGCUGGAGACAUACUAUUUAAAGCGUAAGUGUUGCUGAUGCAGAAAGAUAUAUUUACCAUUCCUACUCAAAUUUCCCUUGUUAUAAUUUUAUAUAUAUUUAUUAAUUGUGUAUAUUUAUUCAACAACUUUUAAUAAUGUAACAGUGCUCGUGCAAUAAUGAUCCAAUAAUUCCUGGGCGACGUGUUUAUACCUAUAUACACAAUAAUUGCGUACUCACAAUUGUCGUUCAAUGGGGGAGGCGGGGCCUAAAUAUAACUAGUUGAAGGUAUAAAUUUAUUAGAAUUACUUUCAGGUAGAAUAUUCUCUAAUAAAUUCUAAUAUACUUGGUACCUUAAUCCUUCAAAAAUACAUCUAUUAUACAAAUAUUACAGUAUAAAAUGCCAUUAUAUGGUAUAAAGUAGAUUACUAAGUAAAUGAUUACGAUACGAUGGUUUUGUAUUGAAUACUGCCAUCAAAUAUUAAUAAAAAAGACAACAUUAAAAAAAAAAAAAAAAAAUCGUAAACAUAAACGGAGUUAUUAAAAAAUAAAGGUUAAAGAAGGAUAUAUCAUUAUUAUUUUAUUCCCCAUGAGUACGUCUCUAAUACAUAAUGUUUGAAAUGCAUUAUUAAACUGCAAGCCAAUAACACAAUAAAUUACAACUAAAAUUACUGUAAAUAAAUUACAACUCGGAAUCCGCAUUGUAUAUACUCUCCCGGUCGGGCUAUUUUAAAUAUUAAAAAUAACGAUUUCUAUAUAAUAUUGAUUUUAGAAACCGACAAAACCGUACAUUAUAUGGUAAUGCAAUUCAUUAAAAUAAAAUUGGGGCGAAUGUACUCUCGCGACACAGUUGGUAACGUUCGAAUGGGAUAUAUUAUAAUCGUUUUGUCUGCUGCUACUGAUUGUUAUUGUUAAUGUUAUGGAUGUCGUUUUACACGUACAAAAAUAUACGAUGUAUUUUUUUUUUAUGAUUUUUACAGGCCAUCGUCGGCGUUAAAUCAAAAACCCAUCGCCAACGGUGAUAUUCCUCAAGGCGAGGACGCCGAAUACCCCGGUAGCGGAUUCGGCAGUCUGCCCAACACACGGUUGUUAUUUCCGUCAGGUGAGCUCAUAUUUUGACUCGAUCGACAAAUCCGAUAACUGACGUUUACGUUUAUAUUUAUGUUGGUAUGACAAAUUGAAGAAAAUUUCCUAUCUCGUCUACUCACUGGUUUUUUUUUUAACCCGGGGAUCACGAAACACUGAUAACGAGUAGGUUAGGUUACGUAUACGCGUGAACCAAGAGAUUAAUCAAUUUGUUUGUACUAGAUAUGUAUUAGUUUCACAAAUUUAUUGGCCAUUAAUUAUGACGUACAAUUUUGAGCGAAGUUCGGUUAAACAUGUUUUAAACAUUUUACUUUUUUUUUACCACCAAGUAUAACUUUCUGUUUAAUUUUCAAAAUAUCAAAUACCUAUACUGUAUAGCUUAAAACCUCAAUAAUAUUUUCAAAAUUUCACAAUGUCUAGACAAGAUUAAUUUAAGUUUUUUGUGCAAAUUUCGAGUUUAUUUGAUUAUUCUUAGCCGAAUUUAAAAAAAAAAAAAAAAAAAUCGAAAACAACGAAAAAUUGCCGUAUAUUUUUACUUACGUUUUUCUCUCCACGGUUUCCUGAUUAUUCGGAAAAAUACAAAAAGAAUAAUAUAAGAAUAAGAAAAUUAAAAAAAUGAUUUUUCCAAUGUACCAACUAGAUACAAUUUGCUUUCAGAAAAAAUGGUAUACUGUUGAGCGAUAUUUCUGGUAGAAAAGUUAUUCACUCAAAAUAAUAAACAAUUCAAAACACACAUCAUGUGCGCUCAGAAUCUUAAAACUUUUAAACAUUCGUGAUGUAAUAAAUUAAGAGAUAAGUUUUUUAUGCGUGCACGAAUGUCCGACUGAAAUACACCGCGUCAUCGCAUUAAUACGCGGGUGUCUAAUUAAUAACAAUAUUAAUGGCUUUAAAGGUUUUUAAGUGUAUAUACAGGGUGUCUUCCGUAUGUUACGGUUUUGAGAAUAGCAUUAUAUAGAGUAUCCGUAAAAGUAUCCUAUUCAUAAUGUCGCAAAAUCGUAACAUACAAUUUCGAAUACCCUGUAUGUAUUUAUAUAAGGUUUAGUAAAUAUUUUGACGACUAGUCAUGUUCUUAUAUUACUAUAAAUCGAUAAGACUGUGGUGUUGUCAGAGUGGACUAUUUGUAUCGCCUCAGCUGUCCGUACGUAUAUUUACGAUCGUUUUUGGCCAUUUUGUCCCGCUGUUUUUCAAACUAUUUCUCUCGUCCCCUAUUCGAUCGUUUGCCGCGAUUUUUCGUCUAACGAUCCUCGUCUCGGCGACGCCGGCAUGCAAUAGUAGAGCAGAUUUAGAUUUCAUAUUUUUUCUCGCGUUUUUAUGUAUAUACAUAAUAUACUUAUAUUAAACGCGUAUGAUGUUAUUGUGCCGUUAAACGCGACUCGCCGACCUACAUUCGGAAUGUGCCCUCCGGUCGUUUUAUUCGUUAAUAUAUUGAGUCGUCUUCAUCGCGCUAGUUUCAUAGUGACGUCCGCCGGAGUACUCUAUAGUUUACCCGAAGUUUUUAUUUCUCUUGAAUGACAACCCGGCGAAAACGGGGACGGUCGCAAUAUUGUUUAAUGACGUGAUAAAAAAAAAAAAAAAAAAUCGUCUGUGUUAUAACCGACAAGGUACGUUGAAAUCAUACUCGGUGUACCUUUUGGCGUUGCGUAAUCAUCUGUUUAAAAUGAACAGACUUUUGUUUUUCGUCGCGAAAAAGAAAACCGUCGGUUUUUCACGAGUCCGAACAGAUAGGAAAUACCAGUACGAAAACGUUAAAAAAAAACCGUAAUAAUUAUUAUUACGAAAUUGUUUUCUGACCGAAACGGCGAGUCGUACUUACAAUAACGUUAUUAUUAAUUUAAUGAAAAAUGUACGCAUCGUCCAUAAAAGUUUCUAGAAACUACCGCCGGAGCUGAUACUGCGAUUCCUUCCCCACCCCAAACACGUUAUUUUAAAUCGGGACUGUUUAGUCCCGGUCGACCCCCGUCAAACCCCCGUGUGACCGUGUGAUCAUCUGAUCUAGAAACCUCUAGUUUCUUGUGAAAAAAAGAGUCCGUGUAGACGCGAAUGAAAAAUGUGUACUCGCGUAUACUUAAUACACGUGGAUUUACUAUCCGUGUUAUUGCAUUAUUCACUUGAAUACCUACGUGUUGAAAAUUCGCGAAUAUACGUGUACACGUCAAUAAUAUUGCAUACGUAUAAACUAAUUUUUUUAGUACGCUGUUUUAUAGAUUGGAAUACGUGAAAGCGAAUACAUGCGAAGUAGGGAUCUCUAAUCUGGUCGUGAUUUUUCUUUUAACACGUCUUGCACUAAUAAUUCGUUUUUCUUUAAUAGAGUUUACGAAACGUUUUUAUUUUGUUCUUAACUUGUUCUCUGUAAUGCAUUUCUCUAAUACCGCCUGUCUCGGGUCCCCGGCAUUUAUAUAUUAUCCGUUUCUCAUUUAUUCAUUUGAGAGCGCGUAACAACCAGAAAUUAAAAAAUCUAGAACGGGCAAACCAGGAUAGUAAAUAUCUGGAAUUCCAAAAUUAGUAAUUUUUAAAAUAAUCAGAACUGGAUAAAAAUAAGAGAAUAUUGAUCGAUAUGUAUAGGUAUGUUUUAUUGUGGCCCGGUCCAGAUUUUCGCGGAUUUCAGAUUUUGGAAUUUCAGAUUUUUAAAUUCCACGUUUUUAUGGACGCCCAGUCCCGCGUCCAUACAUAUGUCCAUAAACGUUUUAAUUAUUCUCAUUUUGGUAUUCAUGUCCGUUUGGUAUUAUCGUUGUUGUACAAUCGUCAGAUACCGCUGGGUUUGCAGACAUUCCAUCCAUGGCCGGAGGUUUAGAAAAACACGACGCCGAACCCAAUCAAAAUCACCCGGAACAUCAUCAGUUGCUGAUGUUGCAGCAGGAGGAUGACGCGCUACAGAUCGGUCACUACGACCGCGACGGCGUCGCGCCCGCCGCCGCAGCCGCAGCAGCCGUCGCCGCGGUCGCCACCAAUCACGUGACCAACUCGAGCGGACAUUCCCGGAACUCGUCGAACACCAGCAAGGGUUCCAGUUCUCACAAUUCGCAUUCGAGGCAUAGCAGUUCCGGUGACAGCGGACACGUCCGGUAAUAAUAAUAUAAUGUCAUCGGUUUUUUUUUUUUUUUUUUUUUUACAGCGUAAACCAAAAAAAUUAAUUAAUUAACCCGCAUCCGUAGGUCGGAAAUACGAUUCAACAAUAAUUACCACAGAGUAUUGUGUUUUUAUUUCCAUCAGCGAAUCGAUAUUAACAGACGAGAUAAAAAAAAAAAACUGAUAAAUACUACUGGGCGAUCGACGGGCGCACUUAUACUUAGUAUACAAUUUCAGAUACAUACGUGAGAUACGGAGUUUUUAAAUUCCGUGACUGAGAUAAAUUGGUUGAAGUAGGAUAAUUAUAAAUUAGGGAAAUUGUAAACAAAAAUGCAUGUAAAAUAACGAUAUCAUUUUUUUUUUACAUCUUAUCACAACCGCAUGGAGAUAUACAAAUAUUUUGAUAUAAUUGUACAUUGGUUUUAAAAACGAAAGUAGGGCCAUUGUAAAUAUGAGUAUAAUUUACACUUGAGACUCAUAAAAUAAAUUAUAAAAAGACUCAUUGCGUUCAAUUACCCUCCAAUAAGUUAAAAUCAUUUUUAAUUAUGAGGUGAUUGUAAAUAUUGAAUUUAAAAUUACAUUUUCUUCAUUUAAUGAAAUCUUUUUUUUUAAAGAACCAUUGAUUUUGAGCACAAAAACAAAGAACAAAAAUAUAAUACGAAUAAUGGGCAAAAUUUUUCUUGUUAAUAGGAAACUGUCCUUCUAAAUAAACAAUAAAUAAAUAAAUAUUAAAUUUUCUUUGUAAAUAUUGCAUUAUCUAUUUAUAAUUACCUCAUUUCACCCUACAUCCGUACUGUUAGCCGCGAUAUCUGCAAGUCGUGUCGAUACUUUUUCCUCUUCUUCAUCGCUUUUGUUUCUAUAUCCGAGCCGAGCCUGUCGCUCUCAAAUUCGUUAUCCCCCGAGUCUCAUCCGUGUAUCCGUCAUCGCCAUUUAUUUCACAUAAACUCUACAGAUGACCUUCCUCUACACCGACUUUCGCCUAUACACUCGGCUCAUUUACUAUCUCUAUAUAUGGACUAUCUUGUCGUCAGUACUGAGACUGAAAAAGAAUCAAAGAGGGGAGUCAUUCAUAAUUUUCAUUAUUAUGUACUGUUUUAAGAGGAUAAUACACACAAAAUAUCGUGAGUUUAUGAUUUUUCAACCAUCUCUUGGAACACCGAGUGAUAUUUCUGGUAGAAAAGUUAUUUGCAGACAGGAAAAAAAAAUUACACAUCAUCAUAUUAAAAUCAAUACGUUCUUCUUUUCGCUCAUCUUAAAAAAUUCCGGGUGUGGGGGGAGGAGUGGCUACGUCUGCGAUAGGUACUGACCCAUACGCUCUACUCACUUAUUAUCUCUGUGACUGUCCCAUCGGAUUUAUCCUUUUCUCGACACCAUUCUCAGUUCUCGAUGUAUAAUAUAAUAUUAUCUAUACCUACCAUUUUUUGUUUUGUUUACACUGACUGCAGUGAGAGCUCUGUUUUCACAAUAUUUCCCCACUGCUUCCACAUUAUUAUCUAUACCUCGUUUCUGCUGCUGCGGUCGUAUACCUAUCUCUAAAAUAUUAUACUGUAUUGUAUGGUUGUAUAUAUGUAUACAAUACGAUAAAGUUUAUGGUCGUAGUAUUAUGUCGGUAGCGUCACGAACAGUCCACUUGUCUUCGGAACUUGCCCCUCCCUCUCUAAGACGCCUCCAGACCGGACACGGUCGGUCGUAAAAUAUGUUUUUUUUUUGGUUCGCCCGCCGGUCGCCUUGGGUCACGCGAAAAUGUCCGUUCUGUUCGCGCGCCGUCGCUACCCCGAUUAUAUUCUGUACACAUUGUAAAUAUAUAAUUUGUAUUAGUGUAUAUAUACAACAAUUUAUAUUAUAUUCUCACCGCAGUCGAAUGUACGAGAAAUUAAUAACGAAAAGAUUAUUACGGUAAGUGAUAGUAACGAUAAAAAGACCCGAUUUUACGUUUAUUAAUAUUAUUAUAUUUUUUAAUAAUUAUACGUUGCUCAUCUAUGUGCCCUAUAGAGGACGACCAAUCCUUUAUAAGACACUCGUCAUCUCGGAAAGUGUUUACUUUUUUCAGAUUUUUUUUUCUCUAGACGACUUAUGAAAAGAGUAAUUUUAAAAUGUUUAACCGUUAUUUUUGAACGUCAUUAUUAAUCCACUAUCUACUUUUGAUGUUUAAACGGCAAUCUUAAUUAAAAAUGCUACAAAUAGAGACGGAGUACUAUGGUUUGAAUAUGUUACGGUGUUAAACGUUUUUUUGAUAUCCGUCGACCCGUUGACGAGAUAUUCCACUUGUAUGUUUGGGUAGACGGAGAGCGGUGGACCGUCAUUCGAAUGGCGGCGUUAGUGCUCUGCCGCGCUCCCCCGCCAAAACUUAAAAGAGAAUAUCUCGUCAAACGGAAAUCAAAAACAUCAAAACUAAAAACGUAUUUAAUACACGCAUCUAUUUGUGGAAUUUUUAAUAUAGUUCGACAUUUGAAAAUCAAAAGCGGUAUGCGGCUUCGUUUUCGAAAAUAAGGCCGAUGUAAGGAAUUCGACGUGCUAUAGCUAAUUGUUACUUAAAGAAAAUUCGAUUUGAAAAAAGUCAAUAUUUCGCGAAAUAACGAGCGUUUUACGUCAAACGAAUCACCUUGUAUGAACACAUCGUCGUGACGGUACAAUAUUUUACUACAGUUAAUUAAUGUCCGUAAGGAAUAUAAUAACCGUUUAAUUUUUAGACAAAUUCAUAAUAUGUACGUGCCUGUUAUCUGACGACGUUCGCGAACUAAUUUUUCUUUGUUUUUUUACAGCUUUAUUGUACAUAUUUAUAUAUUUAUAUAUAUAUAAAUAUAAUGUAAAAUUUUUGUACAAUAAUCAUAUUGUUAUGUAUUGCGUAUUGUUAAUAAUAUUAACGCACACGAUGUGCGUAUGCCGUCGCCGUAGCCAUGUCAAAAGUGAUCAAGUAAUUUAAAAAAAAAAAAAUGUAAUAUUAAUUAUAAGCGAGCGUUAUAUGCGUGUUAAGUGGUUCCUAUAAACAGCUGUUUGUGAUAUCAUUCUAUGAAAUAAUAGGCAUUUUGACAUGAUAAUGAUUUUUGCACACGGUCGCUUUUGGCGUGGCGACACAAAUUAUGUCAGUGGCGUAGCCAAGCCGACAAAUAAAUUGGAGGGGGGAGCGUACAUUUUUUAAUUCUCCCAUUCACUUGAACAAAAAAAAAAAAAGUUAAUUUUCCGACAACACGGUAAAAGUUGGUUACGCCAUUGAACUAUAAUAAAAUGUAUUUAUGUGUGACGCGAUUCGACAUUUGUGUUCGGGUCCGGAUUGAAUCGGCGGAAAUCGCCGGGAAACCUAAUUUUACGAAAAUUUCGAUUCGAACGGGAAUUGUUGAAAACCGUAGGUACUCGAUAAAAAAUAAAAAAAUGUCCGUUAAAUUAUUUGUAUAAAAUAAAACAGCGCGGUCGAACUCGUGGCCGCCGAAAUCCACCUCCGGAGAUGAGGAAGUUAAUUUAUUUAUUUACUCGCUAGAAACGAUCCUUUUUUUUUUUAGCGUUAUUUUUAUUGAUUUCCAAGAACAAAGUCCCAGAGUCGUGGUUAUUUUAUACCCGCGGCCCGCGAUAACCGUAUGAAAAAAAGGUUAGGACCGUACUAUGAGAAAGGUUUUUUAAAAAAAAAAAAAAAAAAACAAACAAACUGCUUGAUUAUUUGCUUGACUCGGACGAGAAUUAAUAAUUGCAGAGUUUACGAUCCCGGCGGCUCGUCAUUUUGUCAAUCCGGUCCCGAAUUAAAUUUACUAAUAUUAUUUUUUGUUUAACGUGCGUCGUACUCGUCGUUGUGAUUAUACGCGUACACGCGAAUCAUGUACGUGUAUUUACAUAAAUAAUAUAUGCAAUGUAUGUAUGAAUGUAUGCAUACAAUUAUGCAUGUGUGUGCGCAUGUAUUUAUGUGUAUACGCGUGUGCGUGUGACGAGACGCAAUACUAGUGUGUGUGCGUGUGUGUGUGAUCAGGUCGCCGUCGUGGCCCGUGUGGUCUCCCAGCCUGUCGCCGCCACCGGCUACCCCGUCGCCGUCGCCGCCGCCUCCCGCCACGCCCUCGUGGAGCAGCCCGCGAUCCAGGUUCUGGUCGCUCCGGCAAUCCAAAAACCCGCAGCAACAGUCGCCACAAGUGUGCACGCACCACCCGGACGCGCAGACGUUCAAGACGCCGGAGAACAAGCACGGCGGCGGAUUCCGGUUCCCGCCGUGGUCCGGACCGUCGCCGCGGACCAACUCGUCGCCCGGCCUGUUGCCCCCGACCCCCGACUCCGUUAGGUAACUGACCACCGCGCGCCGCCUCCACGACCCUCGCUAUACGUAUCGCAGCCGCCUCGUUCUUGUCCGUCUGUCUAUCCGAUAACAAUACUCCACACGCUUCAGCUGUGUUCACAACCGAUAAAACAUCUAUCUAACACCACGGUCGCCACUGACCUGACGGCUCUAAGCGGGCGUGCGUUUAAAAUACACGGGUAGAAAAGUAUGAAAAUAACGGCGAAUAAACGUCGGUGUACGUCCGUCUUUUACGUGACCGUAUACGGUGUGCGCCACUGAAAACUAAAAACUAAAAAACGGCGUGUGUAGAACGGGAUUUUGUGUACUAUUGCACUCGGUGUAAAAAUGUUUUUUUUUUUUUUUUUGUACCACAAAAUAUAAUAACGAAACAUUUUGUAAUUGUUUUUUUUUUGGCGCGUGCGUGUGCCUUGUUGUGUGUUCAGGGUCGGUAGUAUGCACCACCGGAAACUGCAGUUGUUGGACGGCUCGGCCGGCGGUUGCGGCGCCGCUGGUUUGCCGGGCCUGCACAACACGAAUUCGCUCCAGAGGUUACCGGAACUGGACAAGUCGCUCAGCAAUUCCGACACGCUGGUGUCGUCGCCGUUCAGGCGUCCCAGCCAAAUGUUAGUCGAUCGUUUUUGACGGGCCCGCGCGCGUACAGGAGGCGUGCUCGAGAUCUCUCUACCUCUCCUCCACAUCCCUCUAGCGUCGCGUACAAUUUAGACGGCGGUUCGCGUUCCUUGAGCCGUCCGCCGCCGUUCUUUGUUUACGGGCCGUGGUGACGGUCAAAAUCGCGAGGGGGUCGUAAAAUAUCGCGGAAAACACACGAUAGCGCAGGUACACGUAACAAUAAUAUCCGAACAGCGGACAUAUUUCGACUGUGUAUAGCGGUAUAUAUUUAAAAAAAAAUACGACCGACCGAUUUUUUUUUGUUUUUCGUUUCAUUAUUAUAUCCGAAAACCCGUAUAAAUAUCAAUAAUAAUCGGCCGUCAGCGACACAAAUCGCGCGAUAAGUUUUAUCGACCGGAUAUUAUUUCCAAACAAGCCGGAUGUCGUGUAAUAUUAUUCAACAUUACCGACAAUCGAAUAAAAUAUUAUUUUCUCCCGGUUUGUAUUUAUUUGCUCGCCGCAUAAGCAUAUAUUCGUCGUAGUAUUGGAUUUUGGGCGGACAACGGAUUUUUUUUUUUUUUCUUGUCGAUAUUCCGGCGUUCUCUAUGUUUCCGAUUCGACUUCCGCCCGCGCGUUAUAGCCGGCGUGACCUGUACAUGUGUAUAACGCAAUAAACCAGUGGGGUCUUAAGCGCCUCCUAUGUACACGGGAUAGUGACUUUUAUAGCGUUAACGUUAAUUAUCGACGAAACCUUAUAACGGCUAGUAUUUUAAAUUUCAAAACGAUUUAGAGACUUCUGGUAUACGAUGGCAUUGUAUUUACGACGAAUUUCAGUCGUGAACUGAAAUUGAUAUUCGGGGCUGGAAUAACGGGACGGGGGUCUAGGAGAAGCUGUAAAUCGAAAGGGGUCACAAUGUUUCGUCUGGGGUUUUUUUUUUUUUUUUUUUUUAUUAAAAUAACGUAUCGUUGCCGACAGAAGUCCAGCCAAUCAACGCGGUAAUUUAUUAGUAUUAGAAACGGUAAUUUCGUAAAUUUUUCCCGUUUUUCCGACUUUUUUUCCCCGCUAUCGAGAAGACUUCGAUUCAUUGACUAGACAACAUUUUAUAAGUUCUCUUGUCGUUUUUUCGAUUAGAACAAGAUUUCUGGUAAACAAGUGGUUAGCAGAUACAAUAAGAUAUUAAAAAAACGCAUCAUAAUAUGAUGUCUAUUAUACUGAAGCCAAUUCGUUAUGCUCAGAAUCCAAACAAAUCCGUCGGGGUAAAAGUGCCUCGCCCAUCGUUUACAAUCCCCUUCAGACUAUUAUAUGACCGUAAUCCGGCCCUGUUGAAAUCUCGUGAAAGGAAAACUGCUGGCAAAAUGAUAUUUACGCACUGGAUUUCCGCGCUCGUGACUAAUAAAUCCACAAGUCAGUGACGGCAUUUCUAUAUAGUUGUUUAGCCGUUGUCUAUACUAUUAUAACAGUUUUCAAGGAGAAUCUGAAAUCUCGGAUAUCUGUGAAAAAUUAAUAAAAAAAUAAAAUUACUCUCAUCCCCGUUGAAAAUUCCCGAGCACGUCUCUAUUUGUGUGUGUGUGUGUGUGUGUGUGACGCGAUUGCACGAGACGCGUAAAUUAUGUGUGCAAUUAUUAAAAUAUUAUGCAUGCCGAAGUCGUUUUUUUUUAUUAUUAUUUUAUUCUUCUUCGGAUUUUUAUUAUUAUUAUUAUUAUUUUUUGUUUUGGCGUUGUCAAUUAUUAUAGUAUUCGCUAACGUCUGCGUUUUUUUCACUCCGAUAUUGUAAUGUCGGAUGUUUGUAAUGUAUGUAUUAUUUAAAAUACAAAUCUUAAUGCUUCAACGCGUAUACGAGUAGUAAUUUUGAUUUGAUCAAUCGCGGUUCGGUCUGCAAAAAACCUGCGUAAAGGCCUGAGAAAAUGUGCCGUGAAAGUUCAAUUUCGGUAUACAUUAGCGAUGGGCACUUCCGAAUCAAUUUAAAUUCUGAAACUUAUACAAAUUCGCGAGAACCGAAUUGAACGUGAGUAAAAUAUUCGAAAGUUGAAUUUAAUAAAUGUUUUUAGCGUUUGAGUUUCUACUUAAUAAUUUACCGUUUACGUCCGAGUGAAAGACUCGAAACUUUAUUAUAAUAAAAAUAAACACUGUAGUAAAAUUUACUUGAUUCCCAACAGUAAUUGCCUAAAAAAUACUGACGACAAAUGACUUAAUGCGUAGGUUUUUUUUUUUAUUUUUAUCGAUUUUGGCGUUAUCUCGGGACAAAAAAUUAUGUCAUGCCAAUAAGCCAUUAGUUGGGCCGCCGGCAGUCGUGCUCAACACGAUUAGCCAAAACCACCCGAAAUAUCAUCUCAAAUAUGAAAAUACAAUAAUAUGGUAAAAUUGUGUGCAUAUUAAUAUGUUAAAUUUCAACGAUGGUAAAUACUGAUUAAUAUGUUGUUCGAGAUUUUUUUCGGCGAUUAUCAUUUGAUUUUUUUGUUUUUCCCGAUUGGUUGCAGUACAAUUAUCAAUUUUACCGCGGUACGGUAUUUAUCGGUUGUUAUCUAUGCGUAGUGUUUGAAUUGAAAAAAAAACACUUGACUGAAAAAAAAAAUGUCCGUCGUCUCUAAUAUUUAAUUGACUUUAUAUUCAUAAUGUCCGUUUUGUCCAUUUAAUGUCCAAGCCGGCAAAAGAGGAGUAACAACGUUUCAAAUUUGGAAAUUCGAACUUUAGACGGUUCGGCAAUUCGACGAUAAUUUAAUUUGUCAAUCCGGCAUUAAUUGCUCGGUUUUCGAUAUUUCAUUAUUACGCGGAUUCGUCCGGUUUUAACUGAUUAUUGAGAAAAUAGGAAUAAAAAAAAAAUGUCCUCCCUCAUGCGCUAAUUAGAUACUCUCACGGAUGGCCUUUCGGAAAAAAACGACAUACUUUUAAAUAUCGGACCGAUAUUUCCGGCGGAAAAGCUUUCCAUCGGACGGACAGCGGUUAAAAAUCCGCCGCGCUCGGAAAUCCAAAAGACACAAGACGGAAUCAUUAUCGUACGAGACGCAAAGCGAUCCCGUACCUCCCAUCCCCCACCCCUUCCCGAAUCCACGCGCCGGUACUCGUAUGGCGUCGCCAGAGACCGAAACCGACGGCGGUUUUAUUCGAUUUUAUUCGGUGAAAAAUCGCCCGGAAGACGCCGCGGACACGGAAGACCGUGUCGAAAAGGCCCGCAGUGUCGUAAUCGCCGUCCCCCGCGGGACGAUUGACACGAGUGUAACCCCCUGCGUCGUCUCCGGACCGCUUUGCUUUGCACGUGUAAUAUUUAACAAUAAUAAUUGUUUUCGCUUAUUUUUGCUUGUCUCGCGGUGAUUUAUCGCGGUAUAAAUGACCCGGCGUAUGCGUACCGGAGGGAGCUUCGCUGCCUCUCACGUCCUCUCCGCCUUGCCGCGUCCUACCCGCCUUCCUGCUCAACCCGCGCGCCCUGGGCGUUUUAUAUUUAUGGGAUAGAGCUUUUUGUUUUUUUCUUCGGAAACCCAUCGGUUUCAAUCAUUUCGCCGCGAUCGUAAAUAACAUCGCCGGAAAAUAGAACGGGGAACAACAACAAAAAAAAAAAAAAAAAAACCGCUAGAAAUUCACAAUUCACCCGGGCGCGAUGCGCGCAUAGUCCCCGUCCGACGUGUUAUUAUAAUUGAAUUCGAUUUCAAUACGUAGAGUGUAUCUCUGACGAAAAAUAAAAACUCUCGUAAUAAUUCUGUCUAGUCGCGCACGUCAAUAAACUAUUAAACACGGCCAGUAAAUACGUCAAUUAUUGUUUUUAACGCGCGCGUUAUCACCGUCAUUAAUUCCCGCUCCGUCAUCCCGCACAGCUGCGAUUACUAUUACUUUAUUCGCUUGUCAUUACGUACGUUAAUCGGUAUCAUGCUUAGUUUUUUUUAUUUUUAUUUUUUUUUUUUUUUGUUUUUCGGUUUUGUAUUGGUACGUAAAACCGCCGCACGGCAUUUUCCGACGAUAAUACGAAACGAAAACCGCACGUUUUUCGCUUUGCAGCAGCCGUAACAACGGUAACAGUGUUAUUUUUCGCCGCCGCUUAUUAAUUGUCCCGCGUAUUUAACAUUUAUUAUCGUUUUAUCCGUGCACGCCACUGCAGACGCGCAUAGGCGGAUAUCCGGUGACCGGGGAGAGGGGGUCGGGGGUCUCGGCUCCUCGCGUUGUUAUUAUUUGUUAUCGAGACCUCCUACCCCACUUUCCGCACAAUUAUAAGCCUUUUUUUUUUUUUUUUUUUUUCGGAAUAAUCGCGUGCUAUCCGUACGUUUUAUCAGCGUUAAAAAUUUUAAAUAUUCCCGCCAACCCGCAAAAAAAAAUAAUUUGUACGUAUCCGCCUGUGCAACCGCGUCGCAGUCGUCCCCGCUGCUGCAGUUGUCGUGCAGUCUGGCAUUACCGUCUGGCCGGUUCGUUUUUUUUUUAUUUUUACCGAACUCUUGCAGCCUGACGUCCAGCGGAACGGCAAUAUCCGCGUCCCAAGCGUCGCCCGUGCUCAGCGGCGUCGAGGCGGGUUCGCUGGACCGCGGCAAAGCGGCGCUGGAGCGGCGCAUCAAGAAGACGGUCGCGACCGGCGGCAGCGUCGCCGACGACUGCUGCGCAAAGGCCACUGGCCGCGUCGAGGUGACCAGGGUCAAUCCGGACAGCCUGAUCGACCAACUGCUCAGAUCCACCAACCUGGACGACCAUUCGGCCAACGAAGAAAACGAGCAAAGUGAGAGAACAGUUAAAAUCGUAUAUUAUACGUUAUACUACGUUAACUGAUGGGUACUUGUUCAAUUUUCAAGCGUUUAUAUUUGUCAUAAAAAAACUAGCAAACAUAAAAUGCCUAUAUAGCUAAAAAAUUUUACCACGCCUAGAAAGUACCUAUAAAUUUUCUGUCAAAUUUUCAAGUUUCUAUGGAUAUUUUUAACUGAAUAACAACAAAAAAAAAAAAAAAAAAUUAAAGUAGUAAAAUCAUUAUUUUCUCGUUUUUUCGAUUUUGUUGAAUUAUUAAAAUAACCUCGAGGAAAAUAAAAAAAAAAAAAAAAAAUACUUUCUUACUCAUCAAUUAGAUUCGCAAUGCAAAAAAAGGGUCUCUUAUCAUUUGUCUACUGAAGCAAGUUUUCUGUUCGAAAAUACGAUCCGCUCAGAAUCUCAAAGACCAUAAAUUUACAAAAAAAACCAUUAGGUAAACAAAACAAAUAUAUAUAUACAUAUGGAUUUGUAAAAAAAAAAAAAAAAAAAACAAUUUCUUGUAGGUACUCAAAACGAAACAUUCACUCCCCCCCCUGAAAAAAAACUUGAAACGCGUUGUAUAUAUACAAGGCGCCCUACGGUGUUAUUCAUUUUUUUUUUCAAUCGGAUUUUGUGCGAGGUGUAAUGGGGAUACAAAUGUAGAGAGAUAUUAAAUUUCCAUUCCUUAAUCACUGACAAAAAUAAUUUUUUGUUCUUUAAAAUUUUUAAAAAUAUAUUGUUCUAAACAUUGUAAUGAGUCAUACAUAUCCGAUUAUCCGGUUAAUAGUUUCCUAGUAUUUUUAAAAUAUAAAAAAACAGAUGUGAGAACGAUUAGUAUUUAAUAGGAGAUAAGGAAUUACCGUGCUGAUUGUGAAUGCUUAUCGCGUAACGUGUUCAAUAUUAUAUUGAAAACUAAUUGUUUUCAUGUCAGUUUUCUAGAAAUCAAACGGCUGUUAUGCUGAAAAACUAUUUAUCGUAUAUGAAUGUAUGUGUUACAUAAAUUUCUUUUUAGAAUAAUAAACUUUUUACUAAGUUGCUGUUUUGACAAUUUUGAAAAAAUGAGGAAUUAAAAGGUUAUUCUUCUCUACACACGUGUCCCCCAACACAAAAACGAGAAUUAAUGUUGAACUGUUAUGAUAAGGACAACUAUGUUAGGACACCUUGUAUUACAAAUAUGCACUUAUGGACACCUGUCGUAUAUAAAUCGCGAAAACGAAAUUAAAUGGCGACUUUUUUUUUUUUUAUUCUCUUCAAACUCGAGUUGUUCACUGUAGACCGCGUACGUAUCUCGGUAAAACGUCCGAGUUGUACAAAUAAAAAAAAGCCCGUGUCCCGCGAAAACAGUGCGAUUCGAUUCGCUGUUCGGCGGUGAUGCUUGGCCAAAAAAAAAAAAAAAAAAAAACAAACAAAAUGUCAUUCGGCCGCCGCAAUCUCCUUAACGCGUUUCUCUUUCCGCAGGGUCGGGGUUGCAGUUGUACAUCCGUAAAGACGGUACGACCACUCUGGGCAGUCAGGACGUCAAGUGUCACAUGUCCAACAGUCUGUUCAAACAGGUGGUCAUGGAAGACAAUAGAUAA